AUUUGCGGCAGGGGGAGGUGGGUCUAGAUCCUAAGGAGCCUAGAGGGGCUGUGCUUCGGUGCCACUUAUCAUUAGAUAUGGCCACCGUUAUAGAGUACACCGAAGCGUCAUCUUCAACUUAAAUUAGUGUUAAUUCACAGAAUUCUCGCAGCUCGGCCACUGUGUCACACGGGGUGUUGUUUUGGGGAGCCAAAUGCUCGUUUUGACAUCUCUUUGGAGGCGGUUGUUACUGCGUGGCAGGCUGGCUGUGAGAGUCUUCUAACUGGCCGCUCGGUCCCGCAGCUUGUCGAUGCUGAAGAAAAUAGAACCAGUUGCCAGCCAAGCGGUCUGCACCCAACAUUUGAUUUGCGCGUCGCCGUGCAGCCACGAAGGAUUUACAUUUUAAAGUUCCACUCACGGAGUCUUGACUUAUAUGCCGCCACUUGGGCUUCGGCUUUGACUUGUUUAUACGUUGAUGGUUAAAAUUGUUGGCCCCCUGACUUGGGUGGCUAACACCAAGUAGCUAUAUAAGCCGAACUCGUGCGACGACAGCUGUCAUUGGAGAAAGGAAAGUGAUCCCCCUCUAAAUGCGUGUGCUAGUGAAGCGGGUUUCUUUUGGAUUUACAUCAUCUGCAUUUCUGUCAAAUGGGCAAAGUAUGGAAUAACAUCGCAGCGCUGGAAUACAAUGAUAUGCAUGAUGCAAUUGUGAGAAUUGCGGUGUUGCUUCACUGGAGAGAGGCUAGCUAGCUCCAUUAGCUUGCUAGCUAGCUUGGUGAUAAAAAGUGCGACGUUUCAUCCUCCAGUUUUUUGGACAUGAAGAGGAUAAUUCGCUAUUCAUAGGGCUGGAAGGUAAGCCACAGUAAGAUGUGAUAUUGUUUUUCAUACACGCGGGAUUUGUUUGGCUUUUAUCUUGUGAAGAAAGGCUGGGGCAACAUAAUUCACCUCCAGUCUGGUGUUGGGGGUUUGUCGCCGCCUUGGCUCUCAUGACUCAGACUAUUCUUUGGAGCGGAGCAUUCAGUAGAUGGUUCAUGGGAGCUAUAUAAUCACAUAGAGAAAAGCUAAGCUGAAUGUUUGAUAUCUUUUACAUUAUUUACCAUCAACAUAAUACACACAGAAAACAUCAUCUUAUAAUGAAAGCUAGAAACCAAAGCCCAUGUCGUUGUGUAAUGUAUCAUUUUCACUUCUUGUGUACCGUUGUAGAGCUCCAGAACAGUUCUGUUUCAUUAAAUAGACGGUGCCUUUGUGUAUGUAUGUGUGUGUGUGUGUUUGGGGGGGCAAAUACUCACUCCUUUUAAAGUUUCCAAGCAUUUUUAUUUUGUUUUCAUUCUUUUUACUUAUAUGUUCACAAUAUAACAUUUGACAUUAUAUAUAACUGUGGCAUUAAUGUGUGUUUGGCUCAUGGCGACUAUAAUUACAACCGACUACGAUGAGUUGGACAACUGCAACCACAGGUAACCUGUUUGCUCUCGGACCCUCUGUCGAAGUUGUCCUACAGGCUAAUGUCGACCAUAUUUGAAUCAUAUCUACAUUUAACAAGAAAAAUAAUGGGAAAAAAGGAUGAUUUGUUUCAUAUAUUGACAGUGUCGGUGCUUCUUUAGUCUGUGGUCGCACUUAGAGUUCAACACAACAGGCUAGCAAUGUUAGCUUUGUGCAGCUGCUUUGUGCCCAAGCUUGAGUUAACAAAAGCUAGCCUUAGCAUGUCUCCAAUUGUGCCUGUGGUGGUCGUGACUACCUUAUGGAGUCUCCGGAUGCUAACCUCAAAUGCCCCAACAUUUAGUGCUCUUCCCAUCACUUUCAGUCGAGGCUCACCUAUGUGCAAAUGUUGUGAUAUAAUGAUCCGUCUCAACUAGUUCUUGUCAGAUCACACCCAGAAGGAGGCAGUGAAUCUUUUAAUUUUUAUACCAGCAUCUUAAGUCAGAUUCACAAGUCUGAAUAAUGACAGCACAAGCAUUGUAAUGACUAAUAAUUCUUGUCGAGUUUGGUGUUGCUGGACCACCAUCUGUCUGCAGAGCCUGGAGGCUGGUUGAGGCUAAUACUGAUGUAUGAGAGGAAGGAAGGAACUACUCCAGAGAACAAAAAGUGGAGUCAGGAUCUAACAGUAAAAGUCAAGACCUCAUGGCUCAUCAAAACAAACCCUCUCUAUAUUUGCCAAGAUUUACGCCAAAUUAGAGACAGCGCAUUACUACUUAGUCGAUAUAGAUGGUUCUUAUCAUCUGAUUAGGAGAUGUCUUGAGGGCAAAUUUGUGAUGUGAGAAAAACACAGCAGCUGGUUAUUCACAUCACUUACAGCUGUACAAGGAAUCUUUACAGUCAUAUAGCAAAUCAGGUCUACGUUAGUUUACACAAUCAUUUUACUCAUCUGAAAACCAGCAAAGUUGGCUCUGUUAUGAGUCACCCUAAAGAUUAGUCAUAAUGUGGUCUGAUGUAAUUGCAUUUUGGUAAAAAUAAACAAGCCAAUGAGUGGCCUGUGCAGGUUUUCAAGGGAGAGCAAUCAAAAAUAUUUGCUGAUGGGUGAAAAAAGGCUACAGCUGAUUUCCCACCAUGUUUGCUUUAGUGUGAAACCCGAUACUUUAUCUCUGGGUUUAUUUUCUCUCUAGGUUAAUUCUGAAAAGGUCAUGGGGUGGGUCUCAGUAACGUCAAAAAACAGAGGUUUGAUUCGCAAGUUUCAGCAAAUAAGUACAGUAUGCAUAAAGUUGCAAUAAAUUCUACUUUAAAGUUUUUAGAUUUAUUUAGUUUUUAAUGUUAUUUCAUCACACCAAUCCCUAUCCCUCUUAUUUAACGUCAAGAUCUUCAAAGCAACUAUGAUAAUCAAGCCCACUAAAGCCUCAUUUCACCCAGCAUCACUGUGUAUAUUUUCUUGUCAACAGCUUAGAAACAACAUACAACCUGUCUUUUGAGAUCUGUUGUAAUUAAUAAAUGUUGAUAAUCUAUAAAACUGAUGUUAAAUUAUUGUGCAAACUUGCAGGGAAGACAUUUAGUCAACAAAACCUACACAUCCCUACAGUAGGCGAACAGUUGAUUUCUUGCGUGUACAGUAGACACAAGCAAACCUGUAUAUCUAAUCAAAAGUGACUGACCACUUAAGGAACAUAAAUCCAAUUAUUCCACGGCUUUUCAAUCUGUUUAUUUACUUGGAUCAAUAUCUGAUUAUUAACUUGCAUGAUAACCAAAAGUCCUGCUAACUUUGCAUAAGAGAACAUAGUCUGUGUUAGGAGAAAUACGUAGCAGCUAGCAUAAUUGUUGUAUAAUUUGUUAGUAUGCUACAUUUUCUAAAAUGACUUAUAGCAUUAGUCUGGCUGGAAAUGGGUUUUUAAAAUCUGUUAGUCUGACUAAAAUCACAGUAAAAUAACUUUUCACAGUUAGACUAUCAUACCCAGAUGAUAUGGUGAGGGAUCGAUAUUCUCCGCCAUGUAUACACAGUCAUCGGACUGAAACUGGCUAAAGCGUUGUGCACAUGCUCCAGGGCUCAAAUGCAGUGUGUUGACCUGGCAGUUAAACAGCAUAUGUUGUUAGGCAGCCGGAUAGUAAACAAAACUUUUAACAGAUGUAGAAAGGACUUUAAAAAAGAUGAAACUGUGGUACCAACAAAAGGCACAGAACUGUACAAAGAUGGUGUUCCCAUCAUUCCUCGUACAUUAUGUUAGCCACUUGCCAUUGCGUUUGUUGAUGGCCACUAGGGCUGCAGUCAACCAAAGAGAAUAUUGGUUAGCCGCUCGAACAGCACACAUCUGCGUGAAUUCCUAUCUGAAAGUAUAACGAGGGUCUUUGCGGGGUUGAAAAGCAAUUUAGGAAUGGAUCACAUGUAAAUGAAGCACUUGUAUUUAAAUGAAAACAUCCUCAAGUGUGUCGAAUGGAUGAUGGGCAUUCAGUGUUGAGUGACGGACUUGCAUGCACAUUUGGAUCCAGCUGUUUGACAGUCGUUUAAUGCUUCUGCUGGUUUUCUGAAAAAGGUCAUCAUACUUCCUCCACAGCUGCUGGUUAGCUUGUCCUACUUUAACGAUUCUUUGCUCUGGUCACCAUGUCUCUCCAUUUUUCAUCCUCUUGGAGCUGCAGCAGUGAGUGACGUCUGUUCACCUCACACUUACUAUUCAGAAUAAGGCUAUAGAGACACCUUGAGAUAACUGUAUUUGACUGAUUUCGUAAUAAUAGUAAGUAAUAAGACCCACUGUCUGAACUUUGUGUGUUUUAUGCACAGAGAGGGUUUUCACAGGUUUUAGAUGGAGAUUUAUAGAACAAAUUAGCUUCAGGUGACCAGUGCAGGUGACUUAACAGACAGGGCUUCGUAGUUUUGACUUCUUUUUAUUGUCUGGGUACAACUGGUGACGGUACACCCUGAAGCAGGUGAAGAGGAUGAGCCUGCAGUUGAUUUUUUUCAAAUCUUCCUCAAAAUGUGAAUCAUGCUACAGUUCAAUACAAGUGAUCGACAAAACAUUUGCUGGUUCUCAUGGUUAGUCUGCUGCAUAUGGUGAAUUCCUUGCCACAAUGCUCUGAAAACCUCAAUAUUAGUGUGGCAAAGACUCUUUAAACACGGCACAAGUGACAAAUGAAUGUUAGGAGCAUGAAAAUGUCAAAAUCACAUGGUGUGCCCUCUGCAGCUAACACUUUUCCCUCCAAAUGGACCCCAUUUAUAAAAACUGAAAAUCAUUCCUAGGAAAUUGUCAGCGUACAGCAUUAAACCUGGUCUUAUAGCAUUGAUUACACCAUUACUGGCAAAAAAAGGUGAUUAAAUCAUAUAUGCGCACAUAACUACAACUCACACACAUUGGCUGUGGACAGCAGACGCAUUACUGUACAUAUAUGUUUGAAAAGACUACAACAGUCAUUUAUGGUCAAAUGAAAUCUUAUUUUGGUCUUAAUUCCAUGACAAGUAGACUGUUUGGAAAUCUGGUCUUUACACUUUUAAAAAAAUAAAAAUGAAAAUGGCGUUUUUUUUCCUCUAUCAAUAUCGGCAAAAUUUCGAAUUUAAAUUGAGUUUGAAAACAUGGGCAUUGUAGAUAUCGGAAAAAAAACAUACAUUGAUUGCGCAUCCCAACCAACUUGUAACCCAGUGACAGAGAAAAAGUGGCUAAUACGUCUGUGUUUAAAGAACUUAAAUGUCUUGUUUCCACUUAUGAGUGUGUAUGGAUCGUGGUAGCUUAGCUAGACAGUUGCUGACUAGCUGACAGGCUGUUUCCUUCAGUUCAGUCACCUAUAUUAUCAAGUGAGUUUGUGUGAUUAAAGAAAAAUUGGUGACUCGGUUUAACAUAUUGUAAAUCUGAGUAAUUUUAUUUCGUAUUUCUUUACAUCUUAAAAAAAAAAAGGACACUUGAGACAUUGUCUGUUGUAUUUAGAGACAUUUGGAGAUGGGCCAAAAUGGUUACGGGUGAAAUGCAUUGUGUUUCCCCUCCAACAGUAGAACCAGUGGCUGAAGCGACUGACCAACCAGAAGGAAAUUGUGUAGUUCCUCUCAUUUAACAAAACAUUUGAUUAAUAAAAAACUUCUUUUAUCAUUUUUUUUUUUUUUUUCAGAUUUAUUUUUGUGCUCUUUAACUUUUGCUGACGGGUCAGGACAGAGCAAGAAAUGGGGGGGAGCGUUACAAAGUGACAUGUGGUAAAGGAGCUACAGGGUGGAAUGAAGCCUGCGUUUGGUCCUAGGCCAUCGGCACCCUAGGCAAAUAACAUCUGAAUCUUUUUAACAUAAGAGAAUGACAUUCAACAUCAAGAACAGAGUAGCACUAAAGUAGGACAAGUUAACAAACUCUGGCUGAUUAUGACACCAAGUUGACAAAAGGGGUUAUCAGUACAGCAAAGUCAUUAAACAAAUGUCAAGCAGCCAAGAAAUAUGCUGUCGUAGUGUGUAAUUUCCAACAAUGGCAAGCACAUAAAGAUGAUCUGCAAGAGCAUGAUGGAAAAUGUCACUGAAAAGCAGAACGAAUGUGUGCUGAUCAAUAGACCUGUCCUGCAUCUGGUAGGCUGUAUGUUAUUUGAAUUUAUGGUAUUUAGAUACCAGUACCAUUGUUUUACAUUUACAUAUGUUUACAUAUGUUACACAAAAACCAACGUGUUAUCCAGAAGGUGCUAAAUACCAGGAUCUACCUGACGUUCAUUAUUUUUCGGUUAAAAUAGUCUUUUUAAAAUCAAGAUUCAGUUUUCAAAAGUAGUUAUCUAAAAGUUGGUCUUGGAAAAAAAGGGGGGGUAUAAUCAGGGUCAUCCUAGUUAAGUGCUAUGAAAAAUCAUGUUAGCGACACAUUAAUGUGACUUGAAGUUAAAUGGAGUAGCAGUCUUUUUGCAGGGAUCAUGUAUGGAAUGUCUUCAUGUUUGUCUAUACACGUAUGGCUUUCUUUGUUUGUAAAAUAUUUCACUUCUGCUGACAGUUUCUGGCCCAAUGAGCCAAACUCCUGAAAAAACAAAAUACUGCUUCAGAUUGACAUUUGCAAUUGCUAAUUCACCAAGAGUACUGAGACAAUAGAUAACUCUGUCAAUGGAUCAUGACAAUGAUGAUUUAAUUUCUAAAAUCUUUACUAUCAUCAGCUACGACCCAACCCUGAUUUGUUUAAUCUAAAGUUGAUCUGGUUUUGUUUUUCUCUUUCUUGUGCUGCCCAGUAAUGCUUUCUCCAAAUUUCACCUAAUAUCGUAAAGUAAAUUUUGAAAGGGAACAUUUUCCAUACUUACUGUCAGGCGAUUGGAGUGGGGAUUCUUUAAGUGGGUGGGUUUCUGGGAAUAGAGGACCUGGAGCGACAGGAUGUUGAGUAACUGCAGAAUGCUUCAAUUAAGAAGUCAAGAUUGCUGCCUCGCUCACAUGCAGCAAGAGCCAUGUCAAAUCGGGAUAUUGCUCUGUUUAGAGUUGUACAGUUUUUAGUAAAAACUUGAGGUACUGUGGGUGUCUCUUCAAAUAUGAAGAGCUCUUUGGGUGUGUAAUUUGUGUUGCAGCGUGGGCAUAUGAACAGCACAUGCUUUAAACCCAUUUAAGAUGCCUAUGAGGCGUCUUUCACUGCCAAAGAAGGAUGUCAGGGUUUCUGCUUUAGUGACACAUUAUCAACCCAAAAUAAGCUCAGGCAAAUCUGUCUGGCGUUAUCAAUCAUUGGCGUGAUGUAGGAAGAUCUUAAUUCCUCCAGUCGGCACUCCCCAUAAUCACAAUCUAAUACAGUAGAGCUGAAUUCAAAGGUGAAAAUCUCAGUGUCUUAAAAUGUGAUUACAUUUUUGUAGGGAUAGUGUAGCACCUGCGCUAACCUUUUCUCUCAAACAAAUUUUCCCAGAAUGGCAUCAGAGGAUAAGACUGUGGAACCCUCUGACCAGGGACCCUCACCGCCCUCCAGCAGUGUAGGGGCCACAUCCACAGGAAGUCCUGCCCACGCAGACAAGCGACCACGUGGCAGGCCGCGCAAGGAUGCUGUUGCCGUCCUACCCCAAGCGCCACCCUCAUCCACGUCUAAGAACAGAAAGAAGUAGGUUUAAUACAUUUGACAUUCAAAGUAAUCUGACUGUACUUGCGUGCCAGAGGGAAUUUUUCUAUUCCUUGAAAUGGAUGCAACACUCCUUCGUUGCUAAGCGUCAGAGUUAAAAUAUCUUGGUGUUGCAGUGAUGUAUCGAAAACAAUGCUUACAUAUCUUGCAACUAUUUGCUUCCAAGAUUUUGUUUAAGACUGCACAUUUUUAGCCUUGUGCAGAAUACUUGUGCAUAUAGUUGGUAUCUAGUUUCAUUUUCCAGCUCUGGCUUUUUUGUUCAUUAAGUGGUAGCAGAUCUGUGAUGAGGCUUCUUCAGUGUCCUUGUUGUUAAGGGUUUUUUUCACAGUAUUGAAACAGCUUGAGUUCAGGUAAGGCAAGCAUAGAAAUUUCUUAUCAGGCUAUGCGCACAGUGCCUGCCUUCUUUGUAACUUCUGUAGCAACAUAUAAUGCAGCUUAGAGCUGCUGUGUAAUAUAAUGCCCCCAAGGUUCUUAACUCUCUCCUUAGUCUGUCCUCUCAAUCAAUCUUAAUUCCCCGUUCCCAGUGGAUCAUUUAAUCUGCAAGCGUCCAGACAAUGCGUUAAUGCCACAGUAGAAUGAGGACAUGGGACAGACAUGAGAAACUCCAUGUUGGUGAUCUGGUCAAGAAGGACCCAUCUCUAGACGGGUGUUUUUCUUCUUCUGCUGCUGCUGCUUGAAGAGUUGCUGCAGGGGGUGUUGUCAAGUAUCAUCAUGGAUACUGGUUGAUACUUUGGCGACAAAUUCUGUCUUAAUUAUCGGGAUCACUGUGAAAUGCUCAAAUUAUCAUUGAAUUACAUGUAAUGCACCUCAAGACUGCAGAUUAAUGUCAACAUGAAGUUAAUUUUCUAAAAAGCAGUUACAAGGAAAGAUGUGAACCGAGGUGAUGAACAGCAGAUUUUGGGGUGCAAAGAUCCAGAUUUUAAAUCUCCAUACGGAUACAGAUACUGGCGCUGAUCUUAUCCAGUAUCGGUAUUAGAUAAACAGCCUCAAUAUUCGGAUGAGACAGUUACGUUUUGGCAACAUCAGGCUUUUCUGAUGGUGAAAUAAAAUGAAAUGAAUAAAUAUAUUUAACUUGACUAAAUCAUUAUUUAUACAUAAACUUAAAAAAUUCAGUUUGUUACAUAGAUUUCAAAACUAACAAGAACUACAAUGCAGCAGUAAGGAAUUAAGAUUCCUGUACGAAAAAGCGCAAUUAAUUUAGAAAGAAAUGUCAACAUUGAAUCAAACUGAUGUCUCAGAAUCGUGCAGAAUUGCGUGCACUCCAUUCAUGGGAAUGUGUCGUUAGUUGAGCAUUUCCUUUAAGGCAGUCUGCCAGUCUGAAUCGAUUAACUCGUGUGCGUGUGUGUGUGUGACCUGUGGGAGUUUUUAGCUUGUGUAACUGCACUGUGUGGCAUGAAACUCUUGUGUCCAACCUGUUUACUGACUUGGACUUAAGAGUGACGAGGAGCAAACAGCAGAGCUCCAGAUAUCUGUGAUGAAGAUAACUGCUGCAACAACUUUGAAUUCUGUUGUGAAAUAUUGUCGCACUUUCUGUUGGAAAAAUAUAAACGUAAUGGUGAACUGGACUAGUCCUGAGAUGCUUGAUGAAAUUAGUGGUGUUAUAUCUUGCCAUGCUACCGGUCUCCUUCAAAACAUUCGCCUUGCACAUACUGCAAGUUGUCAUAGGGGUUGUUGGCGAAACAACCGUGAAAUAUCUCCCAAGCGUUGAGCCUUUUUAGUUAGCCUCCAUGUUAGCUUGUGACAGAGCAUGUUCACAUUGUUGUUUUAAGCUUAAUAGAGCAUAAAACUGAGUUGAAUUGGUCUUCCCCAUACGUCUGCCUUUGCCACAGAUAUUUGAUCUAGCUUUUUGGGUCAGUAUCCAGCCAAAACCUGAUAUCUGAUACCAGGAUCUGUGUGGUGCGUCCCUGAUCAGAUUAUACCACCUUUCAACCAUUGCAGUGUAAUAUUUCAUUGCACUACUGGUCUUAAAAUCAGUUAGGAAUUGGAUGGCUGCAAACUCCCUUUUUGUCAUUGAAAAUUAUACCAAAUAAUAUAAUGACAAGUGACUCACUGCAAAAUCCCACACUUGGAAGCAAAACCUCACAGGGCUUUGAAUUAUUCUCACAGAACAUUUUUAUGUGUGGACCGACUGGCUUCACUCUUGCAACGGAAAUGAGCAGUGUGUAAAUAAAAUUAAAAUUACCAGUUAUGAGUGUUAAAAAGCCAGUUUGCUUGUGACAAAAGAGGAUGUGCCAGAAAUCACUCUUGCAGACCUGGUUGUUGAAAUUUACUAGAUUUGCCCACACUCCAUCUGCUAGUCAGUCCACUCCUUACCAGCUUGAUCCAUGUCAGAUUUUCCAUGCAGCACCCUCCUAGCUGGAACUACUUACCACAGCAUUAUUUUCACCUUUUUUUCUCUCUCUAUCUCCCUCUCUCUCCCUUCUUUCUCUCUCAUUCUCUCUCUCUCUCUCUUUCUCUCCCUCUUUCCCUGUGGUGGGACUGUGGGGGGAUAAAUUGUGCAGGGCAUGGGUUUGAAUGUUAGCCUUGAGCUGUUUCAAUGUUGAAAUCUGAUGCCUUUCGUGUAGUUAUAUGUAAUUACAGUUGAAUGUUGACGAGCAGUCUAUGGAAAGACGUCAUCAACACUGGCAACUGCUUUGUGUGUAUACACACCAGGCGGUGGUUUUGUAGAUUAAAAUGUUACACACAGUUAGUUUGUGCAUUUAUAUUAGCCUUCUUAAAAUCCAAUAAAUGUCACAGGUGUCUCUUUGCUGCAGUGAAGUCAUUUUGCCAGGUCCUGUAGGCUCGUGGUCAGCUGCUUUGUUUGGUCAUGGCUAAUCAGAUUAAGUGUAGUUUACAACAUACAUAAAUAUUCAGGAUGUAGUUAAUGGCCAUUUUUAUAGUUGAAAUGAUAAACUAAUUGGAUACUGAAUUGGUUCGUUUAACCAAUUUUGUAGGUGUCCCUCUUUGUGGUGUUGGGGUUGAAAUGCGCCCGGACUUCAGCAGUUGAGGUUGUCUUUUCUUAAGACAUUUUACUAUGUUUUGUAACUUGUAGCCUGUUGUUUUGCAUAUACAACCCUCAGCAGAAACAGUAUGGAUGUGAGAUCCCUCUGUGACACAGCCGGCAGGAAAUACAGUCGAGUAUGUCCAGAUUUUAAAUGAAACACAAUGUCGUAACUGAGGGGAGCCCGAUAAAAUCUGUUAGAAUUAUUCCUGGGUUUAAUUUUUCAUUGAAUUCUGUUCUUUUAAACCACAUUUGUCACCUGGAGAGUGUUAAAUUAUGUGGCAGAUGAAUACAGUUUUAGUGAUUUAAGAGAAAAAAAGAUUCUAAAUUGAAUGAUUAUUCAUAAACUUCAACAUAGUAUUGAAUCUAUCUAUCUAUCUAUCUAUCUAUCUAUCUAUCUAUCUAUCUACACACGUCUCUUAUCAGAUAAGUUUUAUGACUAUAUAUAUAUAUAUAUCCUCUCUUUUUUUACUUUAUAGCUGUUAGUGUGAUGUGCUUUGUUCACCAUACCUGCAGCAGGAUGAUUUAUUAAGACGCCCAAAUAACACAACCGCUGUUUCGUAACCUGUGACCUUUUUACCAAAAGGAGAUCAGCUUGUGAGCGAGAACUGUCAGGGACAUAGCUUUCACUGCAACCCAAACUGGUGCAAAAUGACGGUGGACGUAACAAGCCACGCAUAGCUUGUGCAGCAGCGGUAUAAGAAGAUUCAUGAGACAUCGCUCCUCAAACAGUGCCUUUACACAAGGAACAUACUGUGGGAGCUCUCUCUCUCUCUCUCUCCCUGGCAGAGUGUGUGUCAGGAGCUGCAGAUUAUCAGCAGCAGAGAGCAAUUGAUUAUUGACAACUGAUGGUGAUCUUUUAUGAAUUAAAAAAAAAGAAAAUGUAAAACAGUUGGAUAUUAUUCUUGGGAGGCCCACUCAGGUGUCGUCCAUUUGUUGGAACCACUGAAUUACAUCCAGAGUCCAGCAGAUUCCAUGAUAUUCUGUGUUUUAUAAUUGAAUCCCUUUUAAUUGUCAAAUGCAGUGAUUCAGCUCGUGUUUUCUGCAUCACGGAUGUCACUGGGCUUUACACUGAUUCAUUAAAGACGAUUAAAGGAUUAGAUUUGUUAGCAGUUAAUUAUGUCAUUGUAAUUUAUCCGCAAUGUUGAUUUUUGUUGCAUUCCCAUUAUUUCUAUUGUAUCAGCCUUGUCUUGUUGGACUUCUUUGUCUCCUUCUUUAUUUCUCUUUUAUUUGUUUUUCAAAAUGUGACUUACAUAAGCAAUAGUGCAUUCUCCCUUUGGUUUGGCAUCUGCAGUUUUUACCUCAACCUGAACAUGAAAAGAGUUACAUUUUGAACUUCGGUUGUAAUGUUCCCCCACUUAAAUUUUCCACAUUAGAAUAUUUUGGUGCGCUCCAGAUCGUAGGUAAUUAUGUUCGAGCCAACAUUGCUGGAGGUCCCUCCUGUCAUUCUUGGGUUUCUAGCAUUGUUCCUUAUCUCGGCAUGGAAGUCAUUUAGAGGGAGGGGUUGAUUUGGCAUCCAGCCAUUUGUGAUUUUUCUCUCCAGUGGCACCGAAAAUUACCCCCCACCCCCCAUCCAUGAAUCUCCUCCCUCACAUCCAGCCCCCUGAAUCCUCCCGAGUGCCCCCGAGACAAGCUGCUCUCAUCUGGCCGAUGUUUGCUCUCCUCACUUAGCAUGCUAACAAUUGAUGUUGCCAUUUAAUUUGUAUCCUUGACAAUUACCCCUUCACAUGGCGCUUCCAAGAUUAGUUAAACAGAAGUCCCACUGGAGGAUGCUGACACUGACAGAUCUCUCCAUAAUGUCUGCGAGAGGAGGAGGAGGAGAAUGUGUGGGGGACUGUGUGUGCGCGCACAUCUGUAUGACUUGGCAGAUAUGCAUAUGAUUUGUUGACGGGGCAUACAUGGGAAGACAUAUGUGGGCUUGCACUUUCUUUUAUUACGGCUGAACAGUGUUUUAAUAUUCUAAUGACGACUUGAAAGAGAUAACAUCUGACAGCAGGAAAGUAGAGCAAGAUUAAGACAACAAUUAAUUUACUACUCCGGAAAGGAAAUCUUCACAAAAGUGGUAAUAGCAUAAUUUUGGGUCACUCAGCAGUAGGUAAAUUGAUGAGAAGGGAAAGCCCAAACAAGUUUUUUUAUUUUUUUUUAUUUUUGCCUUGUCUUAUUAAUUAUUUAUAUGUGCAUUCACACAUUUCUGGUCCCUGGCUUUCUAAACCAUGCAUUAGUUUAAUCAGUAUGUUUGCACACUUAAUCCCAGUGCAAUUGUUACCACGAUGUUAGCAUUUGUGAUCAACAAACUGCAAAAGUCUGAAUUUAUCAAGACACAUGAGAAACACUGUUCACUGUAAACAAACUGUGGUUUUUCACUCUGUUUGUCGGAGGCCUCUGUGUGUGUGUGUGCGCUCGUGUGUGCAUGUGUGAUGGCAUUGCUUUUACACCAUUUUGAUGCAGUCAGAUGUAGCUCAAGCUAGCCGUCAGCUACCAUUUAGAGGAAAAAUAGAAAGUGUAAGCUGUAGCUGAAACGUGACUCUAAUUGUUCUUUAUCAUGCGUCAUAGUUAUUACUAGGGCCCGACAGAUAUGGAUUUUUUUAGGGCUGAUGCUGAUACCGAUUUUUUUGGGGGGGGGUCAGAUUACCGAUAAAUUGGCCGAUUAUUUUAAAAAAAAUUUGAAGUUAUAAAAAAAAUAUAUAUACUGUAGAUAUCUACAGUAUACUAUAAACUGUAGAUAUACAGUAGGCUACUGCUCUUCACGCCGUCAGGAAGACCAACUGAUCAGUGCCUUCGCGUCUUAACUCACGUUACUCAUUUCUGGUCUGGUCUCAUCUGGAGACACGCAGCUGCCUCAGUAAGAGAAGUAGCUCGAUCACGUAAUGUGUACUGUUGCUACCGUUACUGGCACGGUUAACAGUGUAGCAAGGCUAAUAGCACAUGGCUAACUCUAACUUUAGCUUGCAUAUUACAUGGUGCUUCACCGUUUACCCGGCGUGACCGAGACCAGCACAGCACAGCGGGGAACAUCGUGAAGUGGGUUGAACUGAAACUUGUUGACUUAUUGUGUAUUUCACAAACUGGUUUAUUUACCAAUGAGACGGACCACUCUCCUUUGUGCGUCGCUGAGCUGCCUGCUUCAGAUCCCUCACUCUGCUGUGCUGUGAGGGAACUUUUUAAAUGGCGGAACAUUUUCAAAGUGAAACCGAAUCUUAUUCUCCGCAUUUUAUUUCUGAAAAUAUCGGCAAGUUAAGGCCGAUUAUCGAUGAGUCUCAAACGGGCUAAAAUUGGCCGAUUUAAUCAGCUCGCCGAUAAAUUGGUCGGGCCCUAGUUAUUACAGUAUGAAAUGAUGUAAUGUCGUUGUUUAUUUACUGGCUUUUUUUACUUAUGACUCAGCUGUGUUAAAUACUUGAUUCUGAUUGGCCAAAACCCCAUCGCAGCUGUUAUUAACUCUGACUAGCAAUAGAAACCACCAGAGAUCACACACUCCAUUUCUCACUGAUCUGCACAGAGAAGCCUGGCACAUUCAUAGAGGUUGUCAUUUCACCUCUUCCUGCUGGCAGUGUAACUGCUUUACGUCAAUCCUUCAAGUUAAUGUCUUCCUAUCUUCAGUCAGUUACCAGGUAAUAAGUGGGAGAAGGUGUAGUGAGCAGCUGAUCAGCAGAUGUAGAGUCCAUUCAGUGAGGACAAGACCCUAAAGGAGAGGAGAAAUUUGGUCCCCUCAAAAAGCGAUUGAGUACAAAUUUUAUUUGAGGUGUGUUAAAUAGUUUGAAAAAUGCAUCGGCCUUUUCACAAACCUGCUGUUUUGAAAACAUGCCCAUCACUUUGAUACUAAUGCGCAGGCUCCAUCAGUUUGGCUCUAACUUAAGUGGAAACCCAAAAAUAACAUCGUUUUUUUUCUUCAUAAGGAUAGAAAUUUUUCAGUUUUAAAAUCCAUGCUGAUUUAAUUCUAUUACAAUUAUCUUUUAAAGAGGUGGACCAUCACUUUACCAUCAUCAGACCCACCUUGAAGCAGCAUAGGAAUCUAAAUAUUUGUCAUAUGAACUCUCCAAAGAGUUUUUUUUCUCUUCAUCAUUGAUUUUGUCCAAAUUUUCAGUGAAUAGUUUUUUAUUUUUUGUUAUUUUGUUGAACAUUACCACAUCUAAUGAUAAUUUACAAUGCCUUAAGAACAUGGAUAUGUCUGUUUAAGAUACAAAGCCUAACUCGUGCUUCUUCAUGACCAGGAAUCUGUUUCUAGUGUAUUUGAUCACCGGCCUUUUAUUUGAAGAUUAGCGGUGUUUGUUUUCUGAUUUGAAAAUCAAAUAGAGUGUGUUUAGUUAGAAUUACUCAUGAAUUGUCCUUUCUCUCUCGGGAUUGUAAAUAAUAAAGGUGUUUGUUUUAUGCUGAGUCAGUCAUGAGAUGUUUGUGAUCUGGACCACUCUUCACUGGCAUAUUUAUUUUAUCACAGAUGAUGUCAGACUGAGCAGUUAUCUUCAACUUCCUGGUUUCGUCACCUAAAUUUUCAGAGCGCAGAGAUUCAGAUUAGUCCUGCCUCCAUCUUUUCAUCCUACAUUCGACCAAUCUGUAUUGCACUCCCUCCCCACUACCACCCCUUUUGCCUUGCCCAGUGGCUUGAGUGCCUCCAUUAAAAAUCAGCGACAGCUGUGACUAUAUUUAACUAAUUCAUGAAUGCCCCGCUGCCCACCACCCAAGAGUCAAACCCUGGCACUUUCUCCUCUCUUAUUCUUUUGCACUGACUCUGUUUAUUUGUUUUUCUUCCUGUCCUUAGGGGUCGCACCAGAGGGAGGGCUGUACUGGAUGAGGAAGACAGCAUGGAUGGGACUGAGAUAACAGAGUCCGCAGGCCUUCGGGACGCAGGUGAGACUCAGCGUGUACAUGUUGGUUAUAUUGGAAGCUGUAUAAGACUUGAACUUGCUCUUCCAGGCAGCCUCAUGCAGAGAGUGCUUCAAAGGGCUAUUUCUGUUAAGGUAGAGGAGUCUCCCUCUCCUGGAGAAAGGAUGGAUGAGAGUUUCUUCUUGGCACCCUACGCGUCUACUUCAGGGCUAUAAUUGAAAGGGUUUAGCUUGAGCUGUGAAGCUGCAGUGGGAGUAUUUUUUUUCUCCCCUUACUGCUUCCAUCUCUCCUCCUGUUCUGAGAUUGGCAUUGAGGUGCAGUGGGAAAGAGCCCAAGGCUAAUGCCCUCUAAAAGCUUUUUAAAAUCCCAUCAGUCUCUCUAGACCCAUUUAUGUGCUUUUUUAUGUGUGUACAUCACAUCACGUGAUCAUGCCUCCCAUUCUCAUACAUCUGUGUGCUGCCCUGUUCCUGUGCUGCAAAUAUUGGGGAGUGAAAUCUCGCCUGUGGCUGGCGUCACUUUUAUUAGCUCUGGGUUAGGUUACAUAAAAAUAGGUAAUUUCUAGGAGUUUUUGAAUGUUUCAAUAGUAUGUUUUUUUUCCUGAAUUAUUUUCGUCUCAUUAGAAGUGGUAGGGGAAGCGAGGUGUGUGUGAAGCUCUCUACCCUGUCUAUUCAGUCUGAUGUCAUAUCAUCAGCAACUCUAGUCGGUCCCUGGUGGUUCCUCUCUUUGCCUCCAGGCGCUUGUCAAAGUAAAACCUACAGUUUCUUUACAGUCCAAUCCCAGAGGUGAUGUGAGCGGCUGAGGUCAUCUCAGCUUUUGAAAGGGUCAAGACUUGGGUCCCUAUUUAUCUUGCGUAUUACAUUUUUUCUACUGUUCAAUGUGUAGUGAAACCUACUGUAUAUGUACCACCUGUGUAUAAAACUGAAAUAAAUAUAAAACUCCUGCAAAUUCAUUUUAAGCACUGGAGCUUGGGUGUAUAUUAAAAAGGGGGUCAGAACAACAAAGCUGUUGUUAAAUAUUUAGUCAUCAACACGAAGUAAUCAGACAAUUCCUGGUACCCCAGUCACGUCCUGAAACUGUAAAAACUCUUACACGGGUUUCUUCGGUAAGUAGAUCAUUCAGACUCUGAAUUUCCUCGUGUAAUUGAAUUGAAUGAACUGAGUCAUGCACUAUUAGCCUAAUUACAUCAAUGAAAUGUUAAUAAAAUUCUGCAUGGCCCAAAGUCUCAGCGAGAGAUACAUUGGGGAGUUGUUUUGUAUGAUUAGCGUAGUGAGUUGAGCCUUUUUUUUUGUAUCAUUUGGAUCGAAAGCAUCAGUAGGAGCAACCGAGCUGCGGUGCAUUUUAUUCAAAAUCUUCCCCAUUAACAUGAAAACCCACCUGUUGUGACAUUAUAACUCUUGUCUUUUUUUUCCCUCCUGCCCUUAUUGUAAUUGCCAUUCUGCACAUGAGCGUGAUGUUCCCAGUGGGUUUACUGUAAUCAUUGCUCGAGCAUAUGGUACUCAUAUUUUAACAUCCGUCUCGUUAAUAAAGGCUGUGUUUUUGACCUGACUGGAUUACAAUCCCUGUGCCCUAUGACAGCUUGUAUCUGUCACAAACUGCAGCUGAUUUUGUUUUCGCACAUUAUUGCCUUUAGAUUAUAGGGCAACCAGGCUAAUGUAGACAGUUGAAGUGGCUAUAGGCUAAUGUUUUAGGUGGAUAUAAUGCUAACCUUAUUUUUUUUCUUUCAUGUGUUCCCUAUCAGAAACACCAAUGCAGCCAGUGGAAACUGAGAUGUUGGUCACCACUGAGGUGCCAGAGGAGGACAAGCCCUCUUCCCCUCUGGCCCAGAGCCCUCCAGCCGAGUGUUCAGCAGGACCGUCUGUCCCAGCAAGUAGAGAAGUCAAAAACAGGUUAGAGACGCCGCCACACUUACCCUGUACUUUUUCAUUUCUUUUUAAAGAAUGAUCCUUUUUGCGUUUUUACAAGAACACUUGCACGCGAUUAAACGUUUGUGUUGAACUAUGCGGCAUGCUAUCUACCCCAUCUGCAUGGUUACAUAGAAAUGGAGUCAUCAGCUGGUAGAGGCGAACUCUUCUCCCAGGUGCCACUCUGGUAAAGGUUGUAAUCAAUCUCCUGGUCUGUCUGUGCUAUCGAUGUUAGUGAUGGAGGGCAGACCACCGGCAUCUCCUGGGAUCUUAUUAACAAGGCCAUCUCACGCUUUAAAAAGUGAUAAAUAUUUAUCAGACAUUUGAUAUCUUAAAUGCUCAGUGGCUUUUUGCUACUUUUCAGUGACUUUGUGCCCAAAAACUUUUGUAUAUGCUUCCUGCAACACUUCGAUAAAAGGGUUUGUUUAGGAAGCAUCCUGCAGUGUUCAGGGUUCCUACACAGUUGGAAUUUCCAUACUUUUCCAUACCCUACUUUUAAGAUAUAUUAUUAGAAAUACCUACUUUUCUAUUUUAGGAAAACAGUAUUUUAGAAGUCUGAAAACGUAAAUAUUAUUCCAUACUUUAUUUUUCAUUUCCAUACUUUCUAAGACCUGGAAAUUGAUCAAAUAUAUUUCCAUGUUUUUCCAUUUUGCAUAGGAACCCUGAGUGUUAACAGAUUUAUGUUUUUACUAUUUAAGUAACUAAGGCUGAAAAAUGCCGUGCAGAUAGUCAUGCGGCUCCACAUAGGUGCACUUGACUCUUUAAGAGAAUAAGAGUAGACACACCGAUUGGUUUGAUAUAUGUUUUUAACAAAAUACGCCAAUAAUUGAGGGAUAUUAUCCAACCUCUCUGUGCUCUGUGCCUUGCUUCGCACCCAGAAUUGCACUGCUAACUACCCGAGUGGUCAGGCAUGCUCUGAUUGACUUUGCACCAAAGAGCCUGCAUUCUAGAUGGUUCAAGUAGGGCCCUGCAUAUUUACCUAAAGGUACACUCAAGGCUCUGUGUCAAGGAAUAUGUCAGACAAGAUGUGGUCUGCUCAUUUCACAGCCUGUUUUGAUAUGCGAGUGCAUGUGUGGAAACAGUGUUAAUAAUGCGUGCACCUACUUCAUAAAUGUAGGCCCCACGUGACCAUACGUACAUCGGUACCCAGACGGUCCCAGAAGAAAGAGGCCUUAAUUCAUGGCGACAUGCGUGCGGCUGUAUUAAGGCACAGUAGGUAUAUAUAAUUAAACACCCACUUCCACCCAUUUUCUUUGUUCCAGUGAACGUCUCUGUGCCUUCUGUUACUGCGGCGGCCGCAGCCUGCUGGGUCAGGGGGAGCUGCGAGUGUUCAGCACCACGCUCGGCCACAAGAAUGAAGGAGGCUCACCGAGCAAAAGCGGCGAUGGCGAUAAAACCACUCAGCUAAAAACGGCAGAAGAGACCUCCUCAGGACAGAAGGAGAAGACAAGGUAAGAAGUUCCUGGUUGGUCGACGCUGUUACGACACGUGGUUCGCUUGUCGGUGUCAACCCGAGCAGGGACAAAAUCCCUUUUGUGAAUAAGUGAGCUGCAAAGAAUCGGAAUUUGAUAAUGGCCUGACAUUGGUGAUCUUUUGUUGUCCCAAGGUCAUGAACAAACAGCAACCGAUGUUAUACUUUCUCACUAAUCAGUACACAGAAACAAGCACGAAAAAUACACACACCUCCCCUACGAGAAAGCCUCUCCUAAUCAGCAGGUUAGGUUGUCACCAAGGUAUUGCUUCAGCAGGUGAAAGGUGCAAACAAGCCUUUUCUCAUGGGUGUAUUUGUGUAUGAGCACUCGCAUUUUUGCAAUCACUGCCAACAAAGGACCCUCCUUGGACUCUCCGAGGAACAGCCUAAUUUGUUUUGCCCCUUUGGAACCAAUUGGGCGUCUCUCUGGGCUCCCAGUGACGUAAUAGGCAGUGGGAGCAGUAUGAGUCUGGCCUCAUGCCAAGCCAACCAGUGGCUGUUGUGUUGCUGCUCUGUGAUUGGUCAUGGGGGCCGGUCCGCUGUUGAGCCACACAGAGGCAUGGGAGGGAGCACAGGCCAGGAGGAGAAAUUAUAUAUUGAUUUGUCAGAGAGGCGGAGGUGGAGGAUUGAGUGGAAAAGUGUAGAAAAGUGAGAAGGUGGGAAAAAAAAAAAUCAUUUCAUAAAGGGUGAUGAUGAAACACCGGCUGUGAACAAUGAGCUGCCAGGCCUGCUUCUGUCAUGAGUGUGCCAUCAUGCUUCCCCGACACCAGUCUUUUGAUUUCGACCAUUGCUUUGUUUACUAGAACUUGGGUCCUUUUUAAAUGCUAAUGCUCCCUCUCCACAUUUUCCGCAUGCUCUAGUUCAAGCCAGGGACUUGGGGGAAACACAUCCUUUUCAGCAGAUUUUAUGAGACAGAACAGCCAGCCUCUUGUGCACACACCAAACAAGAUGGCCCUCUUCUUCCUCCUCUUCCUCCUCCUCCUCCUCCUCUCCCCCCUCUCUUCCCCCUCAGCCUUUUUAUUUGCUCUCUAACAUUUUUCCCCCAGCUCAUUCUCUGUCUUCAUCUCUCCGCUUUUAUAAAAAAACCGCUCAUCAUCCUCCAGCUCUGUGCCUCUACUCUCGAUCCAUCCCUGAGUAGAUUCAGGCUGUGUGUUUCCUGCAUCGUGUAUAUUUUUUUAGUUUUUUCCUUCUUUAGGUUAAAACCUUUUUGGUGCCUUGUUUUCUCUUCAAAACUUUUCCCUUUUUUUUUCCAGUGGGUCUGAAAAGGGCGAGGAAGAACCAGACCCUACCAGUCGAUUUUGGGAUGAGCUCUCUCACGUUGGCCUUCCACAAGAUCUCAAUGUCCAGUCUCUCUUUGAGUCAGGUAAGCUCAGUAAUAUUAGCACUUUCUCAAAUUUGGACGAUUGUGUAAGCACUUGGUGUUGAGGUAGAAUUUAGCCUAAUCUUUGUGAUCAUCGUGACUUCUUAAAUUUCAGGGCAAUGCUGGGCACAUCAGAGUUGUGCCUUGUGGUCCGAAGGUGUUUGUGAGGGCGAGGGACAAUCUCUGCUUAAUGUGGACAGAGCCAUUGACUCAGGGAGCACAAAGGUGAGUCGUGGGAGAACAUCCGAGGACUAAUAGGUGUUAACACCAUCUUAAUGUGUUGGGGCAGCAGGGAGGGACUGCUUCAGUGAGGCACAGCAAAGCUGAUGGAUCAGACUGACUGGUAAAGGUCGACCCGGCAGCGUGGAUCUCUCAGCUGUGAAAUGGAAAAGGUCACGCCACUCAACGGGGCCGAGCUCUCAUGGCAGCUUAGCUCCUAGUGUUAGCGGCGGCACAGCUCACAGCCCUUCGAUUGCAUUUGCAGCCCAUUGGUUGUGUAGCCCAUCAGCAAGUCUUCCACUUGAUCUCUGGAGUGGCUGUUAGUGCACACUUAUAGAACAGAGAGAAACAGGGGAUGGAUGAGAUUCUGUCAUCAAUGUGAUCAUCAAGGGGCUAAAUACAGAGUUUAAACAGGGGGUUUGAGCCUAAGCUGAGAAAUCCAAUGACUGCUUUUUUCAAAGAGACAUUAAAGGAUGAAACACUGUCUUUAGCAUAAGCUGAGUCAUUCACAAAAAAUGUUAUAUAGACGUGUUUUGGACUUGCUUCUGUGGCUAUGGAGGAAAAUUAUUAAUUAUACUCGCUGAUAAGGAUAUUUGAGAUGUGUUUGAUGAUCACUCUCUCUCUCCGUCUGUUUUUUCUCUCUACCUCUCUUUCUCUGUCACGCUCCCUGCAGCACUGUGCAUACUGUAAGCGCCUUGGAGCAUCCAUUAAGUGCUGUGCUGAAGGAUGUGCUCAACUCUACCAUUACCCCUGUGCGGGGGCAGCUGGGACCUUUCAGGAUAUCAGGAGUCUGUCGCUCCUCUGCCCAGAGCACAGUGAAUUGGCCAUUCACAAAUGUAAGUUUAAUUCAUUUGAUUUAUUUAUCUAAAAGCUUUAAUAUACAUACAGUGUAAUUUUUUCUUCUCUGCUGUUGAUGUGCGAUAAUCCGUCUAAUUUUCUCGACUGAAAUCCUGUUUCUUUCAUUUCCCUGCCCACAGUUGUAGAUGAUGUAAAUUGCGCACUAUGUGAUAGCCCAGGGGACCUACUGGACCAGCUCUUCUGCACCAGUUGUGGUCAGCAUUACCACGGGAUAUGCCUGGACAUGGCCGUGACCCCUCUAAGGAGAGCAGGGUGGCAGUGCCCCGAGUGCAAGAUCUGCCAGACAUGCAAGUGAGUCACCUCCCCCCAUACCAAAUUAAUAUGUAUCUCAGUCUGUGCUGUCUAGCUUUUCUUUUACUUCUCCACUUACCGAUUUUUACCAUAGCUACCAGGCAUGGUGCGUAUCGCUGGUUUUGUUUACCGGUGGGGUUUGUGAGGUGCUAAGUAAAUGUUGCACCCUGAAGCUUAGUCUUGUAACCUCUAACCUUAUCAAGACAGCGCAGGAGCUUUACUUGGUCUGAUUGCCUAAAGUGAACCCUGUCCGUUUAGCUGUUUGUUCCUGAUUUACAUAGAAACCCCAGUAGCAUGUCAUUACUGCAGUGGAUGAGAUUUUUCCGGUGGGAUCGGGGGGUGAUCUUGACGCAAACUGUGGUGGUAAUUUUGACUUGCCCCAAGUUUUCUGACUCCCAAUUGUUCAAAAAAAAUAUGAUUUUAAUUGCCUGCUUAUGUCAUAGCUUUUAGUUGGGAUGCAAAAAUCUGUUUAAAAUGUAGCAUAAGUGGGAAACAAAACAAUUCAGAUUCAAUUCAGACAUUCUGCAAAAUGCUUCUUGUUUGUUUACAGUUAACCCCCCCCCCCCCCCUUUUUUUUCUCUAACCAGUUCUUAAGCUUUACUCAUUCUCAACCCUACAAUUAGUGAUUUACCAUUCCCACACACUGUGACACACGGCUACAUGCAAGCAAUCUCCUCUGCUGUGUGCUCUGAAACAUCAUUUCGAUGUGACUGCUCUAAUGCUUCGAAGUCAUUCACUCCAGUGCGAACUGUCUUUUGUCUUACUUUAUUUGAUUUUUUUUACCAAGAGUUAUAUUUCGAGGCUUUUAUUGGUUUUAUGGCAAGAAGAAAGGACUGUGGGGACAGUGCAGGAAAUGGAAAGAGAGAGAAAGAGAGUAGGGAGUGACGUGUGGGGAAGGAGUCUCCAGCUUGAAUCAAAGUGUAAAAUAUACAGGAUCCGUGUUGAGUGUGUUCUGUCACCAUUGCAUCUCUGCUCCAUCGGGCAGCACUCUUCAUUGCCCACAGGAUGCAUGUUUGGAGCGUAGCAGCAGCGUAGUGCAGUCCUGGUCAGAGAAAACAGCACGCUCACAACAGGUUGCUUGGCUUUUCUGUGGUCAACUUCCUGCUAAUUUGGAUAUAAUUCAGUGACUAUUGAGCUUCUACUGUAUGUGAAAGAGCAAUGUGAUUUUAAAGUUUCAGUUUUUGCAGGUUUCCUCGUGUUUCACAAAGUAAACUGUGUUCCUUUAUGCAGUGCCGUUAACCUUCAGACAGAGUUAGCAGCUAAAAGUCCUGUUGGGGUCCACAUGGAUCAGGGUUUGACCAUUCGAUUGUUCUGUGUUACUGCUAAAUUCAUAACCAGGAGGUAUUUCUCACCUACACGAACUGAUAAACAGUCGGGAAUCUGCAUAUGCUGUUUUAUCUUGAAAUUUACUGGAUGACAUGCACAGUUUCCGUGCUUCACAUCCUGUGUAGAACAAUCUUCUCUGUGUAGAUUGACACGUGUUGGAAGCGUAGAGCAGAGAAAAUAGACCCGGUGCAUACCUUUAGCAGAGCAGCACUCAACACGUGUCUGGGACGGAGCUGAGAUGGAGCUGAGACGCUCCCUGUGUAAUUUACACCAUUGAUUAGAAUGGGAACCUUAUUUGCUGCGUGACUCGCGACGCUGACGGAAUGUGCUCAACACAGAACCUGUGGGCUUUAGGCUUUAGACUCAUCCACUUGAAACGUCAGACCACUUAAAAAACAGGAUAAAAAAUUUCGCAGUGAAAGCAUCUUAUGUUUUCCUCCAAGACUCAAAGGAUAGCAGGCCCCAACGCAGCGCUUAAAAAUCAUGAAAAAAAUCUCAUGAAAAAAACUUAAAAAGGCGCACUUGAAAGACCACGUAACAUCUUUGUAUUCAUCUCAGGUAGCAGUGUACCAAAGUCUUGUGCAGUCUGGGUAAUAUGACCAUCUCUCUUUGCUUGCAGGAACCCGGGGGAGGACACUAAAAUGCUGGUGUGUGACAUGUGUGACAAAGGCUACCACACCUUCUGUCUGCAACCUGCUAUAGACUCUCUGCCCACCAACGGCUGGAGAUGUAAGGUAGGAAAGACCUCAUGAUGCUGGACAAUAAUGUGAUAUAGUCAAACAAGCAGGUUACUCCUGCUGGCAUUUGAAAAUACCUGGACCAACCAAGUGUACACAGCAUUUACAUUUCCAUCAAAUAUGACAUAACGGCAUAUUGCUUCAAAGAAUCAGUGGAAUAUUCGGGGGCUGUAAGAAUAUUAAGUUUUAGUUUCUGAGUAUUGAUUAUUCAGGUAAUCUAGUUAGAGAGCAAUUUUAUUUCUCAUUAAAUAUAUUUUCUCCCGUAAGGCUUAUCUUAUCUUCACUUAGCACUAGACCAAAAAAGUUUAUUCUAAGUCCAUUUGAUUGGCUGCUUCUGUUGCGCCAGAGGCUGUAUAUUGACUGGGGUGGACUGUUCCCUCUCCGUUUAAGUGCAGCAGGUUGGUUCUGUUGUGCUGUCUCUGAGUUCAUAGUGGUAUGAAUAAUGAAAUAGAUUACCUUGGAAAUUGAAAUUGACUUUGUUGUGUUACUGCUUUUGUUGAAUUGUUGGUAAAUGAAGGUUGUUAACCACGUAAGGCUAUUCAGAGGUAUGCUUGAUAGUUGCUCUAUGGCGGGGAUUAUGUACCCAGUGCACAAAGCACAGUGCGGCGCAUGGUCUGUGUUUGAACGAAACUUCAUGCCAAAUCAUUUGCCUCAAGGUUGUUUUUCAAAUGAAGUUACUUCAGUUAUUUGACUAAUCAUUUCAGCUUUAGAGUGUUCUAUCUUGUAUUUGUGUGUAUUUGCGCUUCCUGUGGUAGAGUGACUCACACUUGCUGAUCUGUCAAAGGCUUCAGUUCACCCUCAGAAAGCAUUGUUUGUGUGUGUGCAUUUCUACCGCUUGAACCCUCUUGAUGCAGCUCAGCCCUUCAUUGCCCUGCAGGGUCAAUGGUGUUCUUUCCACUCAGGCAGCAGGUUAAGACACAAGUUGGUCUGUUGUUAACAGAGGCCAGAAGGCGACAAUAGGUCUUUACACUUGGCUUUUCCAUCUAACUUAGCACAGAAGGAACACAACCCACCCACUUAGUCCUCUUGGGUUAUUGUUACCCACCCCUGUCCCAUUUCAGACAGUAAAUUUGGUGUGGGUGCAGUUGUCUUGCAGCAGUUCAAACCACAAACCAGUUCUCAGUAUGAGUGCUCCAUCAUGUCCCAUGGAGCUUUUCUGUCUGUUGAUUGGUGGGCUCAUCUAUUACGCAAUAAGCAAAAACCCAGGACCCACAUAUAGCAUGCAAGCAAAGUCUAGAUCAACUGGAAAUGAUUCUGACUCAGGUAUGUGUGCAUUUAGUCAGCUGAAUACAUUGAACAUUGUCUUUUUCGAGCACCUGAAUGACCUGAAUUUGGUUAAAGUAAUCAUCAGUAUUUUCUGCUAUAGGCCUAAAGAGUUUGUUAUAUGUUCUGUCUGAACUACAACACAACCACCCAUUAUAAUUCAGGGCUGUAGCUCUGGUUAUUGGCUACUGCUAUAAUCCUGUGAUGUUGUAUUGUCCAGAUGUAGAUGUGGGGCAUGGUUUGGCAGAAUUCAGGUCUGUCUGGGUGUCUUGUUAAAAUAGAAUAGAACCACUUUACUAGGGCAAUGUGUAUCCAACAAAGGUGGUGUUGCUAGUAGGAGUGUCCCGAUACAACUUUUUAACUUCCGAUACGAUACCGAUAAUGUAGCUUUCAGUAUCGGCCGAUACCGAUAUUGAUACAAUAUUGGCACAAACUUUUGCAUGACAAGUUUUGCGCUCAGCUGCAAUGUCUUUUUCGGACUUUAACAAAAAAAUACUGCCACACAGCCGACAUGACUCCUACCCCUUGCUACUUCGUUAGUACCUUAGUACACACUGUUGUUGUGAUCACGUAGGCUCUGCAUGCUGGAGCCGGGCGUUGCUAGCUAGAGGUGCUGGAGUGGAGUCUGGAAUGAACUGUGUGUAUCGGAAUGCUGAUAUCGGAGAUUUCAGAUGCAGGCCAAUAUAAUCUGAUAUUUGUUUUUUGGCUGAUAUGUGAUCGGGACAGCGACAGUGAACUACCUUGUGUCCAUAUAUACAUCAUACAUUAUAUUUAGAAAACUUAAUGAUUUCUAUUUUACUUUUUCUCAAGAUUGUGAAAUUACAUUGCUUCAAUUUUAAGUAUUGCCAUCCAGACACAGUUGUAUUAUCCUUUUCUGUCAUUAUGGGUGUAUUUUGCCAAAAGUAACCCAACAUCCAUUUUUAUAAGUUUCUUUCAUUAUGUUUAAAAGUUCAAUAGUGUGUCUUAGUGUGUUGCAUGAUAUUUUGUGGAGGAAAUAAAGUCUCUUGAGUUGUGACAUGUUGGCUUCAUCAAAAUUUGGGCAGCCUCUUCUCAUUAGCAGCACGAGCAAAAUACUCUAAUUGAAAAGCUGUUUUUAAAAGAACAGCGUCACUUAAGAGGCCGGCCACUGAAAUCGAAGCCAAACGAACACGUUUUUAACCCAAAGUGUCUCCGCCUGCUGCUGGUGCAUGCUGUCAGUGUGGAUAUCUCAUCAAAAAACACUAGCUGCCAUGUAUUUACUUGUGUUACUCGAUGACUCUGGCACUCUCAGCUCUGUGCUCAACCAAAACUGCUCCAGUGCUAUUUGAAGAGCUGUGGGACUUAAAUCAACUCACAAAACUAUGCUCCGUGUUUGGAUUAAUGGCAACCUGCUUUGAUUUAAAGUGUCGGCCAUUUGUAAGUCCACUUGGCAGUAUUUUGCAGCCAUUUAAACAGUCGUGUAGCCAGAACGUGAUUUAAACGGUGCCAGUGUUUGGGAAAUUAGCUCCUUUUGAAGCCAGUAUAAGUCUCAAUUAUAUAGAUAUUUGUACUGUUUUAUGAAAAACCGUUGGCAUUUAUUGAGAACAGGUGUGUGUAAAAGAUCCUUUUGAUUAACAAGUUCCUCUAUAAAUCCUUUUAUUAAGUCUGGUAAACACUGAUGUUAUGUAUCAGUCAUUUCCUCUGUUUUUUUUUGCUGGAAAACCAUAGACAGGCAAACUUUGGGCCUGAGCUGAAAUCAUACUAUCACCCAAUUAUAUCAGUUAGGUGCCAAAUCUGUAAAGCAGUAUCCCCAUCUUGAAUAUGAGUAACUAUCAUUGUUAGGUCACUGUCUGAAAGCCUCCUUUACUCCUCAGAACUGCAGAGUAUGCAUCCAAUGUGGAACACGAAGCAGCAGGCAGUGGCACCACACCAGCCUGCUGUGUGAUAACUGCGUCCAAAACCAGGACCCUGCUCUGUGCUGUCCUACGUGUGCCUGCAUUUUGGACCCUGAGCAUCACAAAGACUUACUCUUCUGCCACACUUGUAAAAGGUAUGUCUGUUUUUUUAACCCAUGCAAACUCUUUUUGUUGUUGUUGUUGUUGUUGUUAUUCCCAUGUAUGUUACCAGGUAAGGAAACUUGACUGAAAAUGGACUCCAAUAAAUAUGUCACAUUUUAGGGUUUUAGAGCAAGUCCUUAACAUUCCUUUGCACUUCUUUCAGAUGGUUACACCUUGAGUGUGAGCGUCAGAACUCAGGCCAAGCAGAAAUCCACCCCAGAGAGGACUAUGUCUGUUCCAACUGCAAGACUCCUGCUGCAGAGCAGCCGCUACAGGCAGAGGAUAUGGACACUGGCCCAGAGCUCAGCCCUAGGCCAGCCUCCAUGCACACAGACUCUGAGACUGGCUUACAGCUGGCUAAAAAGCACACGGACCUAGAACCUGGCACUCAGCUGCCUCCUGAAAUGCACAAUGACCCCAAACCGGAAUUACUCGCUGUUCCAUUGCACUCAGAUCCAGAGCCUGUUCAGGCUUCCGUCCAGGAGGAGAAGCUGGCCACGUCAGCCCAGAAGCCUGGUGGGUCUUUGUUCCAAAAAGGUUAGACUGUACACUGGGAGCUGACUGCUCAGAUCCCUUUCCUCAUCUUAUCUUGAAGUCUUUAUUCCCCUCUUUACUCAAGUGCCCCUCCUGAGAGUCCAAUCUGUUUUAUCAGCAUAUUAAUCAUAUCUUGUUAUCGCGAAGAUGAGCCAAGAAUGUUGCGCUUUUGAUUAUAAAAAAAUCAUACACAUGGGGACCAGGUUAUAUUAUUGAAAAUGAAAGAGAAUCUUUGUACUUCAGGGUCCAUUCAUUCAGCCUCCAGCCAUGCAGAAGGACUUGAAAGUUUUGGCUGUGCAACACAAAAUUAGGCUGUAAUGUCAGCACUGAUGAAGUUUUGAAAGUCGCAGUUGUUGCAGAUGAAAGGACCGGGAGUUGUUUGGACCAAGACCAGAGAGAAGCACUCGCUCUUUUAUUUGGAGGAUAUUCUGAGGACUCCCCAAUAACCAGAUGGUGUCCUACUAGUGGCUGAUUAAAGCCACUCCUUUGUCUUUGUAACUUUUGUGUUAGGAAAAUUAAAAGUUCUUUGUUUCUCCCUCCUGUCUCCUGGGGAAGGGGGGUAGUGUUUGCUGCCAGUCUAAAAGAAUAGGAAGUUAAUACUUUAGAGCAGUUUUUUCUCUGGGUUUCACUUCAGCAGCGAAACUGCUCAGGAGUUAUGGCAGCAUGCUUAGAGGCAGAGAUUGUCUUUCGAGGCAGCUGCUAUUGCUUCAUUUAUACAGUAUAGCUUAUAUUUUAACCUUGGACAAGGUGAAGGAGAUAUUUGAUUUAAGUUUCUUUUCUUGGCUUUUAGAGAAGAUGUAAAUAAAUCGUAUCAGACCCUGACUCCUAAAAUAGAGAACACUGACUACAUUGCUAAAUCACAAAACAACCUUCUAGGAUUUACUCUUGAUUCACUUUUUUGUGAUUUGUGUUUCUAUGAGUGUAUUUGUCAAAAGCACAAAAAGUUGUGUUUCUGCUCUUGCUCAAGGUGUCUUGGGGGAAAUAAAAUAUGUCUUAAAUCAGACGUAGAAACGUCUCUCCAGGUCAGCACUGCCAUGAAGCGAUUAACUUCAUGACAGAUGUACUAUUGCUGCUCUCAGAAUUCUCCCUGAUAUUCAUAUUACACGUAUUUGCCUCGGGCUUGUAUGACUCAAAAGGUCACAGAGGACAUACACAUUUCCCCAUUUUUUAUAUUUGAUUACCCACAACCCCCCGAUUUUUGUCCCAGUGUCGGAUGGGUUGGAUGUCCCGGGUCUUUUGUUUUGGUUGUGGUUCACAGCUUUUAUUUCUUCUAUUUAUUUAUUUAUUGAGUAUGGCCAUGAGCGCUGUGGAGCCCACACUGUGAACCGGUUGAUAGACGGGCACCUAAUGUUAAUUUUUAGACUUGUGAAUGUAGCUCUGCAGUGAAUUAAAUAGGCAGCUUCUUGGUUACAGGCUGUAACUCUUGGACUGACUGACGCGAGUAUCUGCAUGUACAAAGCUCAGGGUUGCAUUCUCACUCUGGUCCAUGGGAGUUCUGCCUACAGUAGAGCUUAAGUUUCAGUGGAAUCAGCGGCGAGCCUGGGAUGCUGGUGGAAGCUCCGCUGCCCACUCUGUCUAGACACAAGACUCCACUGGCAGGAGAGACUGGAAAGGAAUAGUAUGAUGGUGAUGUUAUUAGAUCCCUUGUUUGCAAACCUGCCUGGGAGCUACGUUGGCUCAUUCAUGAGUGCUCACACAGCUUGCUAGCUCUAUUUACUGCACACUUGGGCUCUCGUUUUACUAGCUGCAACUUGUGGUCAUGAACUGUUUCAUCAUUUGAUUCAGCUGGCAAUGCAAUGCAUCCCCCUCUGUGGUUUUAAAGACAUGUGGAGUCUACAUGGAUGCUGUGCACACAUUCAGAAGACGAUUUUCAGAGCCUUAUCUUAAGAUAAGAAUAAGUCAAGCUUACAUGCGCCACUCUAACCCCCACAAAGAUAUCUUUUUGAGAUUUAGGUUCACCCUUCUAGUGGUCCAAACAUUUAAAAUGUUCAUUUGUAUCUUGCAUAACAUACAGUGUUAAUGACUCCAACGAAAGAAGAAUAUUAAUCUUCAUCCUGUCCUCAUGUUAACUGAGCUAUUUGCAGAUAUUUUGUUUUGGCAUUGUUGUGUGAGAUCAUGCCUUUGCUGCCAACUACCUACGCUUUUAAUGUAAUUAAAAGUCAUUAACUGGUGCUUAUUAGCACUUGCUACGAUUCCCCAGCAGCCAGGGUUAAACAGCAGGCUAUCUGUGACUCAACUGACAGAUGUAGUCAGAGCCGAUCUGUGACUGCGAGUUCGACCCAAAUUUAGUCCUCUGCUGCGUUAAUGAAAGCUGUGUACUUAUCUCACCCAUCACCUCAUUCACUGUAGGAGAUAUAGGAGCUGGGGCUUGAUAUGAAUGAGUAUGUGUGUUCAGCUUGGUCAAUAGUUGAACGCUGGAGAUGGUUGGAGGGCCAUCUCCUAAUUGACUUUCUGGCGUCGGCACCGGAUGAGCACCUGCAAGCUGCGCAGUCAUGAGCCCAGAGCACACAGACCCUGGGAUGUUGGUUGUCAUGGUUACUCCCUUCCCUGGCAGAGAUGCUUAGCAGGUGCAUGUGUGUGUCAAGAUCAGUGUGACAUGGGAACUUGUGGAUUGAAAUGAGGGGUGCCUCGUUAAGACUAGGCUAUCUGUACGGUCAGAGGCCCUCUGGCACUAUAUUGGCUCGGUGUGUGGAUGCCUGAUAGCCAGGAAUGACUAGUUCUAUUCAUAGCAGGCUGGUCAAAUGCACUGAGGUCUAUAAGUCAGAACCAAAUGGGGGUGGAGAUAGGACACACGACAAGAUCUAGAAGAAAUAGAAAAAACCCACUAUAUUAAGACUCUUACGUGAUCUAAAUUAAGGGAUUACCUUGUUUUUUUUUUCAUGCAAUGCAAUUUAAAAAAACAUUUAUUCUCAAUAACAGUUAUGUGACAUCCCACUGAGCAAUAGACGGCUAUUAGACGUCUAGUUUUUUUUUUUUAGACCUAAUUUCGACAGUCUAGAUUCUGUAUAUUUUUUAGCUGGAAUUGAGACGUUGUACUUUAACCCAUUAUUCAAUAACUAUGUAUUAUGAUAGCAAUAUACAAUGUAGUAUAGAUACAGCCCAGAUUUAGACUUGGUCUAGACUUAGAUGUCUAACAAACUUUCAUUUCUAGACCUGUGGUAGCCUGAUCUAAGACCAGUCAUCUAAGCUACAUUUAGAUGUCUAUUAGACCUCUUUUAGAUCAAAAAAUACUCAGUGGGAUCCUUUUCAAAGGAACACCAUUACAUAACCAGCCGACUGAAGCACUGAGAUUGAUUUUUGCAUACAUAGUAUAUGAUGUAUUUUUUAACUUGUGCAUUCGAUCCAUCAAAUAUUCCCUCUCUCUGUUGUUUGCCUUGGAUAAUUAGUGAUCUGGUACGCAAGGUUUUGUGCGUUAAAUCUGAGUUUGAAAGGAUCAUUGCCCGUUUAAUCUUAUCUCAAAGAAACCCAAACGAAGAAUUUCAGCGACUUGGGUUUUAUGUUAUAACUUAAGUUUUGCUGUAAGUAAAACAUAGUUGAAAUAAAGCAUUGACAGGAAGGAUGCAAGAAGAAAAAUCUUUGUUCUCCCAGUCAGUUUGAUCACUGGGCUUAAAACAACAGCAUUUUCCACUGGCCCCCUUUCUUGAUUUCUGUCACUUUAUCUUAACACUAUAUCUGUCUUUUUAUUUAGACGCUUAGUUGCUGUUAAAAAUGUACAAAUACUGUCUGAAUAUAUUCUGUUUCCAUGGAUUUAAUUUUAAUUAAUCUCCUCUGUUGCAGAAGUCUCAGUGGGAGCUGACGUUGAAAAGGUUACUGAAACAUCUGUCAACAAAAUCCCAACAGAACUCAAACCAGGUAAGUCCUCUCAUCCUUUUUAUUUUGUGCACAAUCUUCACAUUAAAGUCUUCUUACAUGAUUUUUAUAUUAAUGACAUGAUUCUGGACAUUGUAAAAAAAACUUGUAAAAAAUACAAACAAUGAAAAUAACAUGAUUGUUCUGUAUUUCUUCUUUCAGAUACUAAACCAGCAGCUAGAGACCAGUCCACAGAGAGUCCUGUAUCUUUGGGGACACUCAUGCAGGAGACCGAGUCUUUUCCAGCCCUCCUCUCUGCAGAAACACUACAGACACAGGAUACUACUUUACAGAUUAAGCCAGCAAAGACAGAGGCCUGCCCUGAGCAGGGCAUCGCCAACCCCAGCACAAAGGAUUUUAAGGCCAUCAUCUCAACCACCAAAGAACAAAGUACUGCAUCAGUAUCUUUCACGGACCAACCAAUGGAGGUGUCACUCCCCCAGCCUUUGAGUAUGGAUGUAGUCAGGGCUACUUUCCUUGAAAGUGCUCCAAAAGAACCUAACAAGGAGAGGCAUGAGGGUAUUUUUCAUAGGAACCUGGAAGAGACUGUUAAGCCCUCAGCCUCGUGUACAUCAGAGGAAAUGUACGCUUUGCCAGAGAGCAAGCCUAAUCUGUCACUUUCCAGCCUGUCUUCUGAGGAGAAACCACACAAGUCAUGUGUGGAGAGGCUGGCUGAAAUGGUCUCCUCUCCUUGCCACUCCUCCCCCCUGGCACGAGGAACAUCACCCAGAGAAACCCCCCAGAGCCAGAUACUACCGUCAUUGGGUGACCACAGCAGUCUAUUACCUACUACCACGCUCAUACCGCUCACGCCUAAGAUCGGGAUGGGAAAACCAGCCAUCACUAAGAGGAAGUUUUCUCCUGGAAGGCCACGAGUCAAACAGGUAGGAACCGUAACAUCAUGUCAAAGACUACCGCCGAUGUGUUUGAUUUCAUGGGCCGAGAGAAACCUGUAGCAUACCUAGGCUUAGUUUGAGUGUUGCUUAUAGCUGCUGAUGUGUAUGUGUCAAAGUGUCCUAUUGGCUCUGCUCUGUUUUUGAAUGUAGAGAAAGGGUUUUGUUACAUUUAGUUGGUUGAUGCGGCUUUAGCGGUUCAGGAUUCUCUCUCUUUCUCGGUCAAGUUGUACCUCGCUGUAUAUUGUGCUAGUAAUGAAAGCAGGGCAUCAAAACGGGCACAGAUUUUUCUCUCGACUCCCUCAGACCUAUUCACAUGUUUGUGCAUGACUAGUCCAUGCAGACCUUGGCUGAUGUACGAUUACUUUGAAUCAUGUUUUUUUAAUAGCCAAAACACAAAGAGAGUCCACUUGCAAAGCAUCCUCAUCAGUCACUCUGUUCAUCUCAUGUCCAUCUUAUUGUCCCAUCGAAGAACAUCAAGUCACAAACAGCAGUUGUCAUCCUGGUCAUCUUCAUCAGCAACCCAGUUGGUCGUUACUUGGUUUGGGAAAGUUUUGAUUUUCAGUUAUUAGUGUCCCAGUGUUGUUAAAUGUAAAUGUAGAUUAAAAUAAGGUCCAGACUCUCUCAGACAGACAAUUAUGGGAAUCACACCCAUGGCUAUAAUCUAUUAUGGAUGAUGCUAGUGAGGGAGGACUGAUUUAGUUUGCAAAUUGUGCUUUUUUCCCCCCAGAUAUAUCCUGACUCCUAAGUAAACACGAUAAAGCUCAAACGACUGUAUUACACGAGGCCUGAGGAAAUCUUUUCCAGAAAAUUUGAUUGUAGCCGUAGUGCAGCAUGCUUUUGUCCGAUGAGCUCAUGUGCUGCCAUGCUUAUGCAAGCCUCCCUUCCCUGACAACAUGCCAGAGAGACGCUGUUGUCAUGGCAAGAGGUUGUAGGGCCUCGUUUCUUAUGUAUUUGCCAUGAUGCUCUGGCAAAUGAUGCCAUGUGAAAUGCAACUAACACUAUUUUGCUUUCUAUUUUUUUAUUUUUAUUUUUUUACAAGGCCUUAAUCCAAAAAAAUGCAUCUUGAAAUAUAAUGCAUGGAGCACAAUAAUGAAUGGUUUAACACCAAAUAUGACUGUAUGACUUCUCCUGUUCAUAUUUUGGCAUAUCAGCUGCUUUCUCAAAUCAGAUCUCUGCAUAAAUGAAUGUGUAUUUCUGUUUGGUCAUUUCCACAUGCCUACAUUCAAAGCUCACCACAUCUCUCUAACAUCUUCUUUGUAUGUUUUGUUUCUUCGCUGGCUUUGUUUUUAAGUUGCUGCAUUUUGUCGCCCUCCUCCUCCCUCCCUCUCUUUCACUUUCUCACCCAACCCCUUCCCCCUUACCUUAGGGUGCAUGGAGUCCCCAUAGCAGUGUGAGCUCCCCCUUGUCCUGGUCGCCAGACCAGCCAGAGGGGUGGGACGUCCCAAAGACCAGGCAGUCCUCUGGCAGCCCCGGCUGGAGCAUCAGAGUGGUAAAUACUGCGGCUCAGCAGAGACAGCAGGGCAGCAGCUGCCCUCUGUUAGCCCUCUGUUUACCCACACUGCCCCAGUGUGCCCAGUGUUACCAUGAUGUCUAAAGUAGCAUAAACAGACAGUGGCCUCCUUGCAGUGAGAAGAUUCAUAGACUAUUAGCUGAACAUUCGACCUCAUGGGGGGACUGAAAUACAGUUGUCCCUGCAGUAGGUUUGCUGGCUUUGCAGGUGAAUUGAGAGAUCAGGGGUUUAAUGUGGUUGGAGCACAAAACACAGAUAUGAAAACCUCCACUGAUAGAUGAAUGAAUCCUUUUGUCAGCCAAGCUCUGCUUCUUUGCAUUCAAACAUGUUCAAUAACUUUUCUUUCUUCUCUUUUGAUAUUGAACGUUGUGAAGAGUCCGUGGCAGUUGGUUGCCUGGGCAACACUCUUUUUAGUAAAGCUGGGUGAGAGUUAAUUUGAAUGCUGUGGCAAGGGUCCAGUCCAGGUUAAACAGCAUCAUAGAGUGUGUCAGUCAGCAGGCGCUGUGGAUGGGGAGGGGCUGUGGUUCAGGAUCAGUGUCAGAUAUGGGCUAAAUGGGAAGGGAUUUGGGGGCAGGUGCUGCAAGGUUCAGUUGGACUUAAGUUUGACAGUCGUGAUUAGGCGGAGGCCUCCUGUCAGAAAUGUGCCAAGGCCACAGUGGAACCCACAUUGUUGGAACAACAGCUCUGAGGCCUUUUCUCAACUCUCUCACUCACUGGCAACAGUUUCCUCCAGUCUUUUUCUAUUAACUGUUUAAGUGACGAGAAUCAGGCUGUUUUGUUUUCUUUCAGUGAGCAUUUGAUCUGUGUUAAAUUGUUUGGAGAUGUCUGAAAAUCUAAUCUGCUUCCUUUUCAAAACAAUCUCAAGAUGUAGUGUUACGGCAGAUUGAGACCUUUUUUUAUUUACAUUAAAAAUGAUAGCUGAAUUAUUGGUCGAGGUUUAUACACUUAUACUGACUGACAUUAUCUAUUUACAUGAUAAUAACUGUGUAACUGCAUUUUGGUAAUUGUUUUAGGGUGCAGGUAUAGUAGUGUCAGGAAAGAUGGGAACACUUUAUAUGAAAUCACCACUGAUAAUGCAUCAUAAGCACAUUUAAAAAGUCUUGUAAAUGCAUUUUAAGGCUUUGUUAUAAUCCUUCUAAAUAAUUUCUUAUAAUAAAGUACUCAUAACAGGCAUAAUCAGCAUAGAAAUGUUCACAAAGGUACAUUUUAUAUUGGAUUAUACCUUCAUGCAAAUUAACAACAAAAUAUUUUGAAUUCUAGCUUUCAUAACACAUUUUAACCCUAACAAAUUUAUCUAAUUACAUGGUCCUACAAAAGAUUUAUAGAAACUUAAAAGCAAUAUUUUGUGGCCGCAACUUAAGUAUAAGACAAAAUACUCUCAUUUGUUUAUAAACCUCCAUAAACGUUGAUAUAAGUUGUUAAUAAAUGCUUAUAAUCACUCUCAAGGAUUGUUUUAAGCCUUACAAAUGCCUUAUUUGUUUUAAGUAUUAAAAAUAAGGAUGUGAUGGUAAACUGUUCCCGAUUCCCAAUUGUUCAUCGAAGUGGUAAAAGCUUGUGUCCUCAAUGAGUUCCAGGUCUUUCCCAUCCAGAGCAAUAAAUGCAAGAACCCUCUCCCUCUCCAUUGUUUUUCUAAAUCAACGGGUACCUCCUGAGCUGACGACAUUUAUCCGCUUUGUUUCUGCUUCUGAAUUGUUUGGUUGAACUUGUUCCAUUCUUUGCUGUGAUGAGUCUCAAGAGCUUGGUUGAAUUGGUUGUGUCAUAUUGUGCUACGCCGCUGCCGCCACAGAUCAGUAUCUGGCUGAUUCGAGGAUCGGAUCAGUGCAUCGCUGACUAAAAAUAGUUCCUGAUUACUUCUAGAGGACAUCAAAUUUUUAAAAAAGUGUCUUCAUGGCAAAAGUUCCAUGAGCAUAGGAUGAGUUGUGAUCAUUUCCUGAAGUUUUUGAGGAACAUCAUUAAAAGUUUUUUUUACACUGUCUUGUCAGUGGCAACAAUCAGCGCAAACAUACAAGACAGAACACACAAUCUGUUUGAUCUGUUGUGGACUUUGUGUAUCUUUCAAAAGCCUUUGCACUACCAACUUCAUACUUAUAUUGAGUUAAAAGAUCUGAUAUCAUGGACAUUAUGCAGCGUCUUAAAUCUAUGAGUAACAAGGUAAUGAUAUAGCCUAUCUAGUACUAUUUUUUUUAAAAAUGCUCCCCCAGCUGCUAGUAUAUAAACAGGCCUAGUCAGGAGUCCUAGUUCCCUGCAGCAAAUUUUCUGUUGUCUGUUUUCACUAAUCUUUCUUACAUUCAGAGAGAACUAUGUCUUGAAAUGAUUCAGCUGGCACAAGAGGGAAACAAACUUGUAAACAGUUGAAGGUCACGUCUGCUGAUUACAUUUUAAGCAGAAGAAUUUCAUUGUCUCUGUUUACCCCAAAUGCAGCAUUUUCUGAUUUUUGUUGUCUCACCUCUACAGGGUCGAGGCUCCGGCUUCCCUGGGAGGAGGAGACCCAGAGGUGCUGGUCUGUCAGGCAGAGCUGGACGUGGCAGGGCCAGAGGCAAGAAUGGAGUGAGUCCCAGUAUCAACCCCGGGGUAUGUGCCAUCAGCUGGAUCACCGCCAAAUCUUACACUAUAUGCAAAGCACUGCUUGUUCCCCCUCCAGCUGAAGACACUGGUGUUGCAUUGCAAGACAAUUUUAUGUAAAAAAUCGUAGCUUAUUGUUAGUUAAACCUUCUGAGGGCUGGUUCCUCAUUAGCCAAACUAAUGAUGAGACUAAUAACGAUGUCUAUCCAACUGUUUCAUAUUUAAAAAGGUUAGUGGAUGCCUUUCUUCAUGUCGUUUUGCUGUUUCUUUUUAAAUAAUGUGUAUUCUUUUCUCCUAUUUGCAGAUCACCACAAUAGAAACACCUUACCAAGUCAAGGAGGAAGAGGAGAAUGCCAUGCACAACACAGUGGUUAUUUUUUCCAGCAAUGACAGUUUCACACUUAAACAGGUAUUUUUGUUGUUUACCCGAAACUGUUGGUUUACAGUUAUUUAUUUAUUUAUCUGUUUAUCCAAAUAUAUUUUGAGUCCUCAUUGGCAGAUUUCCCAUUCCACAUAGUCAAUAGUAAAUCCACGGUAAAGACCUCCUCUAUUGGAGAUACUGCCAACUGCCUGCAGGAAAAGCGGUCGGUUAUGUAACACAGGAGCAUAUUGAAGUUUUAUUCCUCCUGCUUUUUGACCCAAAAGUCAUGAUCCUGCACUCUGUUCAAUUUUGUAAACAAUAAAUGAAAAAAAACUGGUAAGUAGUGAAAUAUUACAUCUCAGGUGCUGACAUUAAACACAAGUCCCUUGUGAGGGGCUACAUGGAGGCUGAAAAGGACCCGCUCAGUUAUCCUUGAUUCAAUCCAAUAUAUUUUAUUAACAUAGCACGAUUUAAGCAAACGCAAGGUCUCCAAAGGGCUGCACAGCAAGAUAAAAAUACAAUAAAAAACACAACGGAAGCACAAUAGAUAAGGUAAAAAUAAAACAAGAUAAAACACAGUAAAAUCAAAUUAAAAACAAACACAAUAAAUAUAAUCAAUAACUUAAAAUAAAAUAAAUGAAGUCAACCUCCUCAUGGGUGUUAAAAGCCCAGGAGGUAAAACACAGUAAAAUCAAAUAAAAAACAAUGAAUGUCCAAAAAGCAAAUGAACCAUAAUUAAAAGUUCCUUUGGUCGUGCAUUUCAGCAUUAUUUUGUACACUGCUGUAGUCAAGGAUAAAGGGCAAUGAUUAUGGUAGGGCUGGGUCAUUAAUUAAAUUUACUCUAAUUAAGAUGAUUACCUCCCACGAUCACAAAAAUACAAUAAUUGGAAUUAAACUGUUAUCAUGCCACCUGUUGUGUCAUGCUUGUUUUGUCAUAUGACAUGAAUGUCAUGCACCCUCCCUCCCUCUUUUCAUUCAGAGCAGAGUGUGUACUCCGCUCCUCUUCUCCUCAGAUAGCUCUCACAGUCACUCCAUCAUUAAGACCCAGGAUUAUGUGCAACUAAGUUUAGGAGCAAAAGGAAGUUGCAAAUGCCAUAAAAGUUAAUCAUGUACCGUAGUUCCUUCAGCAUGUUGUGCCACAGCUAAAGAGAGGAGAGCAGGAGAAGGCAGGUCAGUGUGUGUAAGUGGGUAUGCUUGAGUGUGAAAAGUCAAGGGACAGAUGAGCAGAAUAAGAGAGAGGGCUAUAGUGAUCAUCAGGGUGAAUAAGCAUCCAUGAGAUAAUGAUUACCAGGUCUGUAGUCAAGGUGAAAUAUAAUCCCAAGUCUUGAUGUUUUUAAGAUGGAGGCUUUGAAAAUCUAGAUGAUGUGCAAGAUCUGCAGCCUGUUAUAAAAAUGUAGUGUAAUAGGUGAAAAAGAGCUCCGAUCCUUUGGUUUAAAAAAAAAAAAAACACCAUGUAAAAAUAUUCUCCUACUAGUGAAAUCUAGUGUUUUAAUUAUGUGAGUAUCAUUUACAAGAUGAUGACAAAGCUCUGACAGUGAAGUAGAUCAUUGAUGCAUGGUCCUUUUCAGUACUAAUACAUCUAAUGAAAAAUAAAGGUGUCAAACCAUGAAUGAUUCUUUUUAAUGAUCAUAUCUAUCAUUUGUGAAUUUGAACUUAACUGACUGAACUAAAUCCGGUAACUCAUGAUGUCUGACUCCCUCUUUAGGACAUGUGUGUGGUGUGCGGGAGCUUUGGCCUCGGUGCAGAGGGCCGUCUUUUGGCUUGUGCUCAGUGUGGCCAGUGUUACCACCCAUUCUGUGUUGGCAUAAAGGUACCUUCGAUAUUGAGUUUGCACCCCACUGUCACAUUUUACAAAGCAGAAACUCCAUACUGACAUACACAACUUACAUAAAUAUCCUAUUGUGACUUUCACAGAUCACUAAGGUGGUACUGAGUAAAGGCUGGCGUUGUCUGGAGUGCACGGUGUGCGAGGCCUGCGGACAGGCCACAGACCCCGGCCGCUUGCUACUAUGUGACGACUGCGACAUCAGCUAUCACACUUACUGCCUGGACCCUCCGCUGCAGAACGUGCCCAAGGACAGCUGGAAAUGCAAAUGGUGUGUAACUCUCAUCUCACCCACAUCUGCCUCACACCGGGGUACACUAUUUAGAUGAGAAGCUGUUCUAAGUUGACUAAAAGCAUGAAAGCUCUGCACACUGGGUUGUUUUAAUAAACAUCAGAACCAUUUUCUGCCUCUUACUAAUGGAAAAACAGGUUGAGGGUGUUAUUCUCAUCUGAUUUCUUGGUGAUGAAAAUCUGCCUGAAAUCUUCCUUUUGAACCAAACCAAUGUGUGUGUGAGGAUAGAGUGUGUGCGUUUGCAGGAUUUUUCAGCUCAGUUAAUCGGUGUUGAUGGCUUUUGAAGUUACCUGGUGGAAUGACCUCUGUCCUUUGCAUCUCCUGCAGGUGUGUGUCCUGCACUCAGUGUGGCGCCACUACCCCAGGCCUAAGGUGUGAGUGGCAGAAUAAUUACACCCAGUGUGCCCCCUGUGCCAGCCUUGCAACAUGCCCCAUCUGCCUGGUUGACUACAGCGAGGGCACUACGAUUCUGCAGUGCCGCCAAUGUGACAGGUGUGCAGUCUUUCUACACAGCCUGUCAGCUCAGGAGAACUGGUCUCUGCUAACGCUGUUUUUUUCCCCCUCUUAUAAUUUGCUGUUAUCUAAAUCUCUUCUCUCUCUCCAGAUGGUUCCAUGCGUCUUGUCAGAGCCUCCAUUCAGAGGAAGAUGUAGAAAAAGCUGCAGACAGUAGCUUUGACUGCACAAUGUGCCGAACUUUCAAGACCACUAAAGGUAAGGGUCCAUUUAUUUCUCUUGAGUUCAUGAAGAUGUUUGCUGCUGUGUUUUUAAAGAACUGUUCUCCGCUCUUGUACCUCUCUAGUUGUGACCAAGGCCAGAGACACCAUUGAGCCUGCAGUUAUGACGCAGAUCGUCACAAAGGCUAAAGAAAUGGGUAAGUUCAGAGCUUCAGAUGGGAUGGAUUCGUUAUAUAUUAAAAAAAAAAAAAAACAGACUUUUUAUUUUCUUUUUCGCCAAGAUGUUGAUUUUGUGCAGUAUUCAAAACUAACAUUGACUUCUGGUCUUUUUAGAUUUGUCGAGGACCUACACCCAAGAUGGUGUUUGUUUGACAGAGUCGGGACUUUGCCAGUUGCAGAGCUUGUCUGCCACAGCGUCACGGCGCAGAAAACCCAAACCCAAGCUGAAGCUGAAGAUCAUCAACCAGAACAGCGUGGCAGUGCUUCAGGCUCCUGUGGACGCUCUCUCAGAAAUGUCUCGUGACGAGGACAUAGAGGAAAACAGAGGUACUUGUCCUCUUGCACAGUCUCUCUCUUUCAUCUCGGGUUGUUGGUUAGAGGCUUUUUAGUUGAGCAGUGACUCGGAUAUCUGCCUCAUUUGUUUUGGCAUACUCCUGUUUGACUUAGACUGUGUUCAACAUCAUCCAACUGCGCAGUUAACACGAAUGAAAUCGAAUCCAGUUGAAAUCUGAUUAGAUAAGCAUUAUCAGGAUAAAAUCUGGAUCACAUGUUUCCUUUUUAGAUUCUCAGAUAAGAUUUUGGGCAUUUUUAAACACGUUUUUUUUAAAUACUCUUUUAAAAGUUUUUCUUUUUGUCUGUGGGAAAAAAAAAGAGUCUACAAGCCAUGCUCCACAUGAUCAAUCAACCAAAGAAAACAGAAGCUGUGACAAAUUCCCUUUGAUUUGCAUGACAUACUUCUAAUUAGAGUGAAUGCUGUUUAAUUGGCUCUUAUCUUUACCAGAAUUAAUUCACUUAAUUUGUAGUUUAAAGAGGGUAAAUGAUAAAAAUGAAUUCUUUGAAAGCCCCUCUGCAGUUAGAGGUUGUUUGUUAUAGAACUGCUUAACUUGGUUUCAAUCAGGCUAAUGUCCUGAGUUCAGAAAGAAUUGACCUGUGUGUUUUGUCGAGGGGCCUGGCCGGGGUGCUCUCUGCAGCAGGGCUGUCGCUCGUCAUCAAUGCUCUCUCCUUCUUGCAGAGGCAGAGCUCCUCGAUUGCGAAGCGAAGUCUGACUCGAGCCUAGAGCGUGAGCCAGCAGAAGACGACUCCAAGGGGGUCGACGGCGGCAAGAAGAGAAAGAGGAAACCGUACCGGCCGGGUAGGGCACCUGAUUGAAGGAGACAGCUCCUCUGAUGCGUAAAAUGGUGCAGUACAUGCCUGACGCUGUAGCUGGAGCAAAGCACUGCCAUCUCUGGGCCUCUGAUGUACUGAGGGCUCUAUCUAGUGUUGCUGAGCCUUCAUGCUGAAUGCAUGGGACUGUUGAUUAAAAAAGAAAAAAACUCAAACUCAGUGCACCUCAGAUUAUAUCAUCUCCAUAAUUGUUUUACUGAUAUUAGUUCUCAGGAGUGUGAUUUGUAUCUCACUGCAAAAAGCCUAAUACAUUCUCCUUUUCCAGGCAUUGGUGGGUUUAUGGUCCGCCAGAGGAGCAGGCCAGGUCAAGGUCCAGGCAAGGCAAAACGAUCCCUCUGUCGAAAAGACUCGUCUGGCUCAGUAUCAGAAAUCCCACCUGGAAAAGAUGAGGGUAUUUAAACCAACCAUGUACACUACAUCGAUGGUACAUCAAUCAAUUUUUCAUGUUCUGUCAAUUAAUGCUUUCAUGUGGUGUACUUUUCUCUGCCCUGCAGGCUGGUCAGAGACCUUACCUGAUACUCCGGUGGAUGAGAUACCGCCUGGACCAGAGGUGCCCGAAAAAAUCAAGAAGCGCUACAGAAAGAAGAAAACAAAACUGGAGGAAGCUUUUCCCACUUACCUGCAGGUGCGUCAGAUAGAUUAUUUUGUAUGUACAGCUGACAGGUUGGAUACUGGUUUAUUUGCGACUCACCUUUUCAGACUGUAAGAAGGUGUUAAAACUGUGUCAUUUCAAAUAUAAAGUAAAACAAUAUUAUUAUACUCUGAAGAAAACUGUUUUUUUAUGCAAGUCUUGAUUAAUUUUGUGCAUAAAUAUCAAUAAAUAACAGCCCAACGAAGGCACAACACUGUUAAAACUGCGCAUUUCAGAAAGAAAUGAUUGCAGUGUGAUUAAUUGCAAGGGUUUUUUCUACUGUAAUGCUGUUCAUUUGCACAGAAGUUCUGGUCUUGUCAUGCCCAAUCUUUAUUUACCUACCCAUGGGGAAGGUUUGAAAACCAAAGUACAUUGUCUUGAAACCACUUACAGAGCUCUGAUGCACAGAGCCCCUUCUGUGAGCUUUUUGAAAAGGGAAAAACCUACAGGCAGUCACUCAAAUGGGAUACCACUCUCUGAUUAUUUUCUUUAAAUGGUUUCUGUCUCAGACGAAAAUUGGAAUACCGAAGCAUAACUAAAGAUGACUUCAAGGUCCCUGGUCUCGUGCAAGUAUCCCAGUGUCACCUUCUGUUGGCCAAAACAAAGAUUUGUGAUGUGCAUUAAGCUGCCCUCAGCUGUCAGGGCUGCUCUUUAUCCCACCGCCGUACAGGGAUUUUCAGUCUGACCUAAAGGUCCAACACAGUGAAGCACAUUUCAUUAAUUAUUGAGAUAGCAACACGUUGAGCUUUUAAUGUCUUGGUGCGACCGGCAGCUGCAGUUGCAUGUUGUUGAAGAUAGUAGAUGACUUGUGGGAAUAAGCGGUUUGGGGAGGUAGGUGCUGACAAAAGUGGGGUCAGCAGCAUCAACGGUUAGUCUCAGGGCAUCUCUGUUUCGAUUCCGUCAGUUCUCAUGGGCCGUCAAUGAGAUUGAUGUCAAGGAAAGAUAAGCUGACAGUUUGCUGAAAAGUGGUAUCGAGAACUGACCGGUGUUUUGUGUCUUCAUGCUCAGGAGGCUUUCUUCGGAAAGGACCUCCUGGACAAAAGCAAGCAGAGCAGGCAGCAAGGGGUCGAAUCAGGUUUGCUGGAGGAGGGGCAAAACCAAGUGGAGAGGAGGCACCCCACCACCAGCUUCAUGGAUCCUUCGUCAGAUCCUAUGCUCAGCGCCUCCGCAACAUCGCUCUCCAACAGACCAGCAGCAGCACGUACGUACACACAAUAACUCUUAUCUGCAGGACUCAAACCUAAGGGGAGGAAAGUGACAUUUGACAACAUAUGAAAUAAGAGAAUUACUGGACAGGAAUCAGCACAAGCAAUGUGAGGCUAGAAACCACAGGGGUAUGCUUUGUUUUUUAUUUGAAUGCAUAUUAAUAUAGUUUAUUUUAUACAUUUUCUCAGUUGUUUUAUUUGCAAGAACCGUUACCCAGCAAGCAUAUUGCCCCUCACCUAAACACAAGACAGAGUCAGUGUCUCAAAGGUUCAGCUCGACAAGCUUGUUUGUGCAGCACUACACUACUACAUAAAGUACUUUUUUCAAACGCCUCUCCCUGGAUUACAAACUAAUCGAUGUUUCAUCUCCGCCCCCUCUCGCUCUGAAUCCUUUCCCCUAAAAAUUGGGGCUCUCAUACAUUGAUUUGAGAGGUUGAUUAUGUUGCAGAAGAACGUGAUUGUAGCCUUCCUGUCAACAGAACGUUAAGACACCUCCUUAUGAAGAGGCACUGCUACCUCACUGAGUUAACACCACGGAGGUUUUACAUCACGACUAACGCAGACUUUACACUCAACAUAUCACACAGUAGCAUCUCUAAUUGCUCAAAAGCUACAAUGCAAACUGCCAACUCUAUAUCAAAUCAUGUUUGGUAAUCAUAUCGAGUCAGUACAAGAUCAAAAGCACAGCCCUGAUGGAAACCCAAAUAAAUGCAGUCAGAGGUAAAGCAUCAUAUUUGUAAUUUACUCGAAAAAACUCCCGUCAGUUUAAAAAACUAAAAAAAUGAACAUUAAAUCUGACAAGGGUAUCCUUUAAACAGCUAUGUUCUUGCCUUUCAUUGUUAGUGUUCUAUAUAAAGCCCUACAGCCAUUUGUAAAGCUGUAUUUGUAUUCCCUGUAUCUGAUGGAUUUUAGUGAAAACAAGUUCCAAAAACUUCAGACUUUUCAAAAUCAAAGGCUUCAGAAACCAGACGAUUGAAUCCAUUUUGUGUAAGACCGACAGCAGUGCUGAUGUGAGUCAGUGUCCAAGUAUUGCAGUCAGUUUCUCAGUCUUUCAGGAGACACCAAAAUCUACAUGUGGCAUCAAACAAAUGGUUCCAAAUCACAUUUUCAUGUCCGUUCAACAUCACCAUCGAUUAUGAUUUGUGACCGUUUGGUUUUCUUUUUUUUUCCUUUCUUUCUUUUGUUUCUUUCCUCCUUUUUUUUCUCCAUCUACAGAGACGUCUGAGGAACCAUUAGUUGAUCUAGCUGAUGUUCUGAACUCUGAUGCAGACAUCUUGGGAAUGCUGGGAAAGCCAAGCAGUGACUCUGGUGCGUCAAGUGUCUCACAAGUAGUCCCAGUAGCAGCAGUUUUACCAAUAGUCACUUGGUCGUGGAUUUGACAGUCUUUGACUUGCGGUUCAGAAAUUUCCCAAACAGCAAAUCCUGUUUUGCUUUCACCACUGAAGUGAUUUUGUUUUAAUGCCACAUUCUUUAGCUACACUUCAUCUUUGAGUUUACCUUUUGUUUGUUUUGCAUUGUCUGAAGCGUGGUGUGCUUGAGCUGUCAUCACUGUUUUUUCACUCAUUUUAUCUGGUUUUGGGUUCUUGUAGGUCUUGAUUUUUGCCCCUUCCAGGUUGACAGCUCACCUCCUCCUUUUGGUAAGGGUGCUAUGGCCUACUAAUCCCCUGCUUUAGUGCAUUCUUCCUCUCUAACAGUGUGUGUCUCUAUGAGUCUGCAUGUGUAGACGCUGCUCACAUUGAGCUUUCCUCAUCUAUCUGCAAUCGUUUUUAACAUAUUUCCCCCUAACUUGCUUUUUAGUGCUUACCUAACCUAGUGCACAGUUUUCACUCAAAUGCAUCUGGUGUGUCUGCCUUUGCACAUGUGACUCUUUUCACGGUGUGGACCCUUUUUCUAUGUAUAUAACAAAAAGAGCGCUAAUUCACAGCAGCCUAUUAAAAGAUGUUCUCAAGAUGGCGAACAAACAAUGCAACAAGGACAUCUUGUUAUUCAAAAAAUGAAAAAAGAAACAGAAGAACCAAGCACUUUAAAGAAAAAGAGGCCUUGGCAAAUGUCCUUCUAGCUGCUAAAGACUUUGAAUGGUGUCUGCUCUCAGUCAUGUGGCUGUAAAACAAAAAUCACUGCAGUACACAGCCCUUAAUCUUUGUCAAUACUGACUUUGUUCAUCUUAAAUGCUGUAUAGGCAUCUUUUUUUGAUUGAUACAGAUUGCCUACUUAAUAUUGAAACCAUCCAAAGGCUGUUAAUAAAGACAGUUACAGCAUAAGUGUGGGAUUUCCAGCAUGAGUCAGUAUAGUAAUAGAUUAUUCUGGACUUUGUUAUGGAUUUGAUUAAAAGAGGAAUUGGAUUUCUUACCAGUUUUCAAAUAAUUUAAUUGAUUAGUAGAACAAAAGACAUUUUUUUGCUCAAACAUUAAAGUGUUUGUGUUCCUGUCUGAAAGUAGCAGUGAUUUGUAUGAUCCCUAAACUCCCUCCAAACAACACUGGAACCCCGAGGAGCUGUAAUCAUAUACUGCUCAUUCUGCUCUGAUUGCUUUCCACAGGCUGUUAAAACAAUAAACAUGUUCCUACCUCAAGUUUAUAUUUACGAUCAUGUUCUCAGGCGGAUAUUUGUUGGUUGCUGUGAGUCUCUGUGUAUGUGCACGCACGCCAUGAUUUGUUUUUGUAUGUCCGUGUGUGUUUCCACAGCUGGUCUGGACAUCGGGCCUCUGACAGACGGUACCCCAGUGGCGCCCCAGUCUCAGGCUGGACGAAGGACCCCUCGAACCCUUCCAGAGGAGCCCUUGGACGGUAUUCUCAGCCCAGAACUGGACAAGAUGGUCACUGAUGGUCAGUUUUUAGAGAGGAAAUAUUCAGACACUUUUGGUUUUCAUACAAGAUGAAUAUCAUUAACAAUUAGUUUUUUGUGGUUCUUUUUUCAGAAUCAAUUCUCAGCAAACUUUACAAAAUUCCAGGUUUGUGAUUUCAGCUUUUCUAGACCCUCAUGAGUGUGACAUUGCCUAUGCUUGAUUAACAAGUCAGAGUCCAAAACAAGUCCAAAUAAUUAAAAAUUCAUGUUUUAAAUGCAACAACCUUACUUUUUAUUUGUUGACCUUAGUUUUUCCAUUUAUUGUCAGUAUAUGGUAUCAUUGUGUGUGUAACAGCUGAGAGGAAUAAAACAAGUUCAGUAAGUUUUACUACUUUGCUGUGUUGCAGAGCUGGAGGGCAAAGACGUGGAGGAUCUCUUCACAGCAGUGCUAAGCCCCAGCACAAGCCAACCACCUCCCCCACCACAGGUGCCUCACCCCCAGGGUCCAGGGCCCCUCCCUACUACAGCCGGCACUAGUAUGCCUCAUCCCAAUGCAGGUACAUUAUUCGGCACCGAGUUGUAACAGAAUUUUGACUGUGAUAGAUUUAGGUUUCUAAGUUUGAGCGUGUGAUGAACAUCUUAUGUCAUGUGUUCAGGGAAUCCCAUGUUUCCAAGAAUGCCAAUGAUCAAUGGUAUGAUGGGACCAAACCAGCGCUUUCCCACAAACCCAGGAGGAGGUCCCUGCAUCCCAGAAAAUUUCUCCCCUCUUAACCGUAUGCCUUUCACUGACAAUCCAAGGUAAUGCACAACCUUGGUUCUUAAACUAUUAAACAACAGCAAAGUUGGAAAAACUUGUAAAACCAGAGGGCUGACUCUUUUUUUUUUUGUCUGUUUGUUGUUGCAGAGAGAGAAAGUUUAAUCAGAUGCCUCGAGAGGCAGUUGGUCAGUGGCCCUCCUCGGCCCAUGGCCCUGGCCCUGCACCCCCUGGAUCCCUGCCUGAGGGGGAAACUGAAGCCAUGUCCAACGCCCAAAGGAGUACACUGAAAUGGGAAAAAGAAGAGACACUUGGAGAGCUCGCCACUGUGGCGCCUGUUCUUUAUACCAAUGUCAAUUUCCCCAACCUCAAAGAAGAAUACCCAGGUUGGUAAACGGCUCUGCGGCCUUGUACUCUUCCUUCUUUGUUCAUUCUUACAGUCAUCACUCCUGUCAUCUCUGUUUUUCUCUGGGUAUUUGUUUGGGUGUACCCACUGCACUGUGUCAGUCACACAGUACAAAAAUACCUCAUAUGUGCCGUUCGACUGUUGGCAUGACAACUCUUCUCAUUCUUUCUUCAACAGACUGGUCCACAAGGGUGAAGCAGAUUGCAAAACUUUGGAGGAAAGCGAGUUCGCAGGACAGGGCCCCAUAUGUGGUAAGAUCACUGACACUGUUGAAUUCCUUAUUUUUACCUGUUGUUACAAAGGUCUGAACACUUUGAACCUGACUGUUCAUCAUCAGACUAUCACUGCCGGUAGCACAGUUGCAGGCUCCUCGAUCACAUCUGGCCUCUUGCCUGUUGUCAGUGCCAUUUGGAAUCCAGCCACUCAGUCAUACAGUUGAACUAAUUAACAUGGGAAGCCCUGCUCAGUGUCAGAAUUCACUGCAGUCUGAGUAAUUAAGUUCACGAGAAGUAAUUAUUUAUUUAUUUAUUUUUUGCCAAGGCCAGUUUCCAAGACCUAGCUUUGAUUUACAAUGCACCCUGUUUCAAAGUUUUAGGGGGUUCAUAUCUAUAUGUUAAUAGAUGCCAUUUCUCUGUCAUGGCUUUUUCUUUAGAUGUCAAACCAAUUGGAGUUUCAGGCGACUAUAAAGAUGUUUGUUUUGUAGUAACAUGACGACCUCUGUUCUAUACUGCUUACAAAGUUUACGAAAUCAAAAUCAUGCCCAAAGAAAAAAAAAACAUAUAUUUGGGUAGAUCAGAUCAUUAAAUGACAAUUCAGGCCAUCUGUUCUUGGAGCUUUUAUAAAUAUAUGAGGCCUCAGCCAAUAAAAGUGAGUUACAUAAGUUUGGUUUUGCAUCCAUGGGACCGAGGAGUUCUUUUUCCAGCUGUGUCCCUGUGGUAGGUUAGCAAACUACUCUAGUCUCAUGAUGAACAUCAAUCUCAAAAACAUUCAGUCAUGAGGGAACCUCUGUCUAAAAUAUCCACCAUGGCUUACAAAUAGGAUGGAAAUGGUCAGUCUGAGAAGGUAGCAAUAUUCACACAGCCCAUAUGAUUAAAGUUUGGAGGUCAACUUACGAAGAAGUAUUGCAUAUUAAGACACUGACACAAAUUCUACAUGAGUGACUUUAAUAGAUUAUGUUUUUUUGCAGACUUGUACGAAUGAAAUCCUAAUGCCUUUUUUGUGCUCUUGUUUUGUGAUUGUGAUUGGUUUGCUGUUUAGCAAAAGGCAAGGGAUAACCGAGCAGCCCUGCGCAUCAACAAAGUCCAGAUGUCGAAUGAGACGGUGAAGAGGCACCAUCCACAGCAACAGCCCCCUGAGGUGUUUGAUCCCAACAUACCACUAGACACAGAACUGCUGUUUAAAGACCCUUUGAAACCAAAAGAGUCAGAGCAUGAACAAGAGUGGAAGUUUAGACAGGUAAGAGUGUAUGCAAUGAAGUCAGGGAAUGCAGCGACAGGUCCACUUUAUAUUAAGACAGCUAAGAAGUGGUGGUUUAGUAAAGCUCCCCUAAACAACUACACUAUCCUCCACAUUAACCCUGAUGACAUUGGUGGUUAGUAGGUCCUGUUUAUAUUUGGCCCAUGAGACUGAUAUAUUCUGCUCCCUUUGAGAUGUCUAAUCCCAGUUUUUUUCUUUUUACUGUGUCCUCCCAACAGCAAAUGAGGCAGAAAAGCAAACAGCAAGCCAAAAUUGAAGCCACUCAGAAGUUGGAGCAAGUGAAGAAUGAGCAACUCCAGCAGCAACAGCAGCAGCAGCAACAACAUGGCAACAGCCAGUCUGAUGGAGAUGGCAACAACAGCGGAAACCAGAGCCCGGCCUCCCAACCCAGCAAUGGCAGCUUGUCCCCCAUGCAGCAAAUCGGUUCUAAAGAUGGAUUUGCAAGGCCACAGCUCCCAGGGACACCCACUUCAGGUCCAGAGGACGUGUUCUUACGACCCCCUCCUCCUCCUCCAUCUGGCCCCUCUUCCCAACCUCAGUCCCCACAAGUGUUCUCGCCAGGGUCCUCUGGUUCCAGACCAUCAUCUCCAUGGGACCCAUAUGCCAAGAUGGUUGGGACCCCGAGACCACCAAGUCUUGGGCCAAAUGUGUGUCGCAGAAUGCCUACAGAAUCAGGAAAAUCCCCAAACUCUCUAAUGGAUCAGCAGGAUAGAGGGAGGCCCUCACCUGCUCACGAGUCUUUUGGCUCCCCAACAUCCAUGAGCAAUGAUCCAUAUGCCAAACCUCCUGACACCCCAAGGCCAACUGGGGAAAUGGACCCUUUCCUCAAGCCCAUGGGACCCCCCAGGGUGAGUCAGGCCACUCAGGGAAGGCCCCCAAUGGGUUCUCCAGGCAGAGACCCAUACUCAAGGCCCAUGAUAAGAAAUGAGGCCUAUCAGCGCAUGGCCCAGAACAGAAUGAUCUUGUCUGACCCAUACUCAAGGCCUUUACUCGCACCAAUCCCAGGAAGCAAUGAGUCCGGCUCAGUCCCUCUGUUCAAAACACCCAUGCCCCCUCCUCAAGCUCAGGAUCCCUUCAACCGACCAGGGCCACAUCAGUCUGACAGAUUCUCCCAAAACCACCAGAAUGACCCCUAUGCUCAGCCUCCACAUACCCCAAGACCAUCAGGGAACGACAACUUCACUAGUCCUCCUAGAAUGGGCCAGCAUCACUCUCAGGGGCACACAUUCGCUCAGCCAGGGCCAAUGAAUCAAAUGUCAAGAAAUCCUUACGCUCAUGCACCUUCCACUCCGAGGCCUGACCACUUCACAUAUGACCCCUUUGCCCAGCCUUCUGGUCCCAACAAGCCAGAUCCUUUCUCUCAGUCAGCAGGCAACCAACGUGAACCAGGUAAUCAGCCUCGCCCAUUUUUUGAGCCUUACGCCCGACCUCCUGGCACCCCACGUCCACAUGACAAUUACGGUCAACCUUCAAACACACCCAGUCCAUCCUCAGACCCUUACUCACAGGCUCCUUCGACCCCGCGCCCAAGUGGGAUGAACCAGUUCACUCAUCAGCCACACCCUGGACAGAGGAUGUCACCUUCCCACUCAGUGGACCCUUACGCUCAACCACCAGGUACCCCACGACCCCCAGUGGGAGAGAGGUUCUCCAAGUCACCAGGCAGCCAGAGGGGACCAAUGGAGCCAUUUACUAGUACACCUGGCACAUCAAGGUCAGGAAGUGGUGACAUGUUUUCCCAGCCAGGGGCCCUCAGACCGGUGCUUAAUGACCCCUACGCUCAGCCUCCGGGGACUCCAAGGCCUGGUCCAGAUGGUCUGAGCAGACAGGGGCAAAGACUUGGACCAAUGGGAGGCCAGGAUCCUUUCUCGCCACCUCAGAAUAGGCUCCAGGAAAACUUCCCUCAUCCAGGCUCACAGACACCAAAACCCUCCGAGGAUGGAUUUAUUCAGUCACCCUCCAGGAGACCCAGUCAGACACCUGGCCAUGACCCAUUCGAACAAGCUCCCAUGACUCCUCGACCAGCGUCUACAGAGAAAAUGGAAACAAAGGAUCAGUCAGGUGUGGGCAACAACGGCGCCCUUCCUCAAGACCCACAAAUGCCUGGUGCUUCAUCUGAGGCUCAGGGUGUUGCUCUCGCUGAGAGCGAGGAAAGGCUAAGACAGGUAACUGAACGCCACUCUCAGGGUUCGAUUUAAACAUUGUUCACGUCAGUGUUUAACUGUGUUUUCAUUUUGGGGCACCGCUUGUUAUUGAUGUUUUAUCUUUUUAAAUCAGAGUUUUUCAUGUUUUCAUAUUACACCAUCAUUAAGAAAGAUUUGUGAAUAAUCUUAAGAUUAACUUUCUUUCUUUGUCCUACCUAACAAGACUUGUGUGGCUGUCUGACUUUUACUUUCUUCUGAUUUUAACCCAAAAACUACACACAACAUUCAUGAAUAGUUACAAAAAAAUAUUGAAAUGAUGCAUCCGUCCAGAUUACAGAUAAAAGUUGCACGUCUGUACAAUGUUGUUGUUUCUAUUUAGAUAAAAUUAGAGUUAUAAGAAAACUGAAAAAACAUUCCUCCAGCCAGCGAAGGAUCAUUACGGGAUAUUUUACCAAAGACCCCUUUCAACAGAAGAAACAGCACGUGAUAUGUUAUUUUAGAUGAAAUAACAUAAACCUGUCAGAAUAUCAGAAGCUUAUCUUAUUGAACUCUAAAUAUUUUUUGGCUAAUUGAAAUAAUAGAGCGUGAAGAAUAAAGGAAUUAAAAGCUGCAGAAGGUUUGUCAUUGGGAAAAGGGACCCUUGGUUUACAUUACUCAGUGAAAUUUAAGAAGAAUAAAAUAAGCUCUCAUUUACUCUAAAGAAAGAUUCAGGUGUCACUGUAAGCUAAUCACAGCCACAGAGUUUUUUUUUUCUUUUAAAAAAGCUAAAAACAUUUCAUGUAUGUUGUGUUUUGUAGCGACAGCGAAUUCGAGAAUUAAUUCUCAAGCAGCAGCAACAGAGGAGCGCCAUUCGACAGGAGAGGGGCCCUCAGGAACCUGUUGGAAACAUUCCCCUGGCAGCACCACGGCCCUGGCCCCAAGAGACCCCUGGGCAGCCAGGGGAAAUGUUCAACCGGCCUCCUCCACCUUACCCUGGACCAGGACCCAUGAGAGGGCCAAUGAGGUUUCCUGGACCUUUUCCAGGAGAUCAGCGUGUCCCUUUCCCUAAUGAAGGACAAAUCCCUCGGGGUCCACAUCCUGGAGACCCUAAUUUGAGACAUCAGGGGCCAAGGUUUGUGUUUUGAUAGUUUUUUUUUUAUCGUACUUUUUGUUCUGUAAUGAGUGACACAGCACAAAACUAAGAAAGCCUCUUCUCUGUAUUGAUCAUUGUUUGCGUUUCUUUUCAGGUUUGCAUUUCCACCUGGAGUUUUGGGACCUCAUGGGGCCCAAGAUUUCUUUCCUCGUGGGCAGCAACCAAUGCAAGAAGUUCCCCCUCAAAUGAGACGAUCCAUGUCAGCUGAAAUGGCCAAGAGUAUGGGAGGCAACCCCAUGGGGAUGCCCCAGCACUUUCCUCCGCGUGGUAUGCCGGUGCAGCAGCAUAACAUCAUGGGCCAGCCUUUCAUUGAACUGAGACACAGAGCAAUUGCAGAAAACAGGCCACGGAUGCCGUUCCCCCCUGGUGCUAUGCAAGGAGGCAACAUGGAUCCCAACUUACAGGGACAAAGGCUUCCGAGCUUUGCAGGAGCAUCUGAAUCCAGGUUUCCUUUAAAUCAGGGGCUCAGGAUGGUCGACCCCAUGGCUGGCCAGACUGGACAUGUACAGCUAUCUUCCAGCAUGGACAAUCUUCAUCAGCAAGUCCAAAUGUCAGGAAACAACUCACUCAAACAAUCAUCUUUAAUGAGAUCCAUGAGCCAGCCUGCUUCAAGUGAGACCCAGAACAUGGCAGCAUCUAUUAUCCUGACUGCACCCCCUGCUGGGCAGAGUGAGACAGGCUCAGCCGCAGGUGAAGCUGUAGAGGAGAAAUUGGAUGCAGAAGAGUCAGCGGUCAAAGAUCUUGAGGACGUGGAGGUGAAAGACUUGGUGGAUGCAGACUUGGAGAACUUAAAUUUGGAUCCUGAAGAUGGUAAAGACCUAGAUCUAGAGACGAAUGAUCUACACCUUGACGAUUUCCUAACAUCAGGGAAAUUUGACAUCAUUGCCUAUACAGACCCUGACCUAGAUGACAUCAAGAAAGACAUGUUUAAUGAGGAGCUGGAUCUGAGUGAUCCGAUGGACGAUCAUAAUGACAGCGCAGACAUUAGCAAAAAUUCAAGCACAGAACCUGAGGUUGAUGCUGCAUCCAGUUCUGCUCUGGCAAAGUCAGAGGCCUCAGGUGAGCAGUCCUCAGCUGAAAUCAAGCCAGAAGCCUCUGGAAAUCAGGACUCUGCCUCUUUGGCACACGGGCAGGAAAUUAAAACAGAGGUCAAGGACUGUCAGAAACCCCUGGAGGUUGGAGACCAGCAAGCCGCUGGAAACACCUUGACCUCAAACCAGCAGGGAGUGCUGUCUGACUCCACCCCGGUCCUGUCUAGUUUACUCAUUAAACAGCAGCCUGAGGAGCAGUCAUUAAACCCAAUCAGUGAAGCUGUCAAUCCAGGAGGUAACCUCAUGCCCCAGCAGAGCCAAGUCACUGACACCCAGCAUACCUCUGGACUUGCAAUGUCUCACUCAAUACCUGACGCCGCCGCUGCCGGAGAAGGCUCCAUGGCAGGCUUUGGAGCUGACCACCAGGUGGGGCUCGCCGCAGGAAUAGACCAGAGCGGACUAACCCCGGCCCAACAGGCCACACUGAACCAGGCGUUGAGUCAGCACGGCCAGCAACACCGUCCUCUUCUGCUAGAGGAGCAACCACUCCUACUGCAGGACCUCCUGGACCAGGAGAGGCAGGAGCAACAGCAACAGAGGCAGAUGCAAGCUAUGAUACGACAGCGCUCUAGUGACUCCUUCUUCCCCAAUAUUGGUAAAUAUUCUCAGCCACACCUACAGCUCCCAGAGUAAGAUAAAGAUUGAGAUUUCCAGCCAAAGUGAUUAUUUCUGAGGUUCAACUAUUUGUGAUUUGCAGAUUUUGACGCCAUCACUGACCCCAUCAUGAAAGCCAAGAUGGUUGCCCUGAAAGGCAUCAACAAAGUCAUGGUACAAAACAACAUGGGAAUGACCCCAAUGGUCAUGAACAGGUAACAAGCGAAGAUACUGUGCAGUCGAACAGAAUUUGAAGACCAGGGACUGUGAUUGAUGAAUUAACUAACUUGUGCACAACUAUGGUAUUGUUUUAGUAGAUUUCCCCCUGCACCUGUACCACCUUGUCCUGAAAGCACACCACUUCCACCACAGGUUGUUGGACAGGUAAUUAAAUCAUAAUUCAGCUUGUCAAUAAGCAUUUUUGAAUUGCUAUGUGAUUGAUCAAUAUGCCUUCAUAACAAAUAUCAUAUUUAUAAACCUCGCUUUUAGGAUGGCAAAUUGACACAAGUUGCAAGACCAAAUCCACCCAACUUUGGACCAGGAUUUGUCAGUAAGUUUUCAAAAAAUUCUGUCUGAAUCUUCGACUUCUCGACUUGGAAGUUCUGUCGAGCAUAGAAAUGUGAAGAUGUUUGUUUUUCAUGCUGUCAAGUUUGCUAACAAAAGAGCCUUUUUCUUCUCGCAGACAAUGCUCAGAGGGCUCAGUACGAGGAGUGGCUCCAGGAGACUCAGCAACUACUUCAAAUGCAGCAGAAGUUUCUCGAAGAGAAGAUCGGAGCUCACAGGAAGUCUAAGAAAGCCCUGUCUGCCAAACAGAGGACAGCUAAGAAGGCGGGGAGAGAGUUCCCCGAGGAGGACGCCGAGCAGCUCAAACAUGUCACAGAGCAGCAGGGUGUAGUGCAGAAACAACUGGAGCAGGUAAAUGUUCGACCUGUCAAGCUGCACCAACAAAUUCUAUUUCAGCCUUUCUAUUCACAGUGCUGCCCAGACACAGUGGUCUAAUGAGCAUCUGAUACAGUUUUUGCUUAGAAACAGAUGUAAACAGAUUAAUUUAAUAUAUACAGUUUCAUGUUCAUCAUUUUGAUUACUUUUGAUUUACUAUGAAGUAGGCCUGCACGAUAUAUCGUUUGACUAUCGUCAUCGCGAUGUACGUGUGUGCGAUAGUCACAUCGCAGAGCCUGCGAUAUUGGAGGUGAAUGAACUCAGUUAAUUUCAAGGGUAGCUGACUGAGAUACACUGCAUGUGACUCUGCAUGUGCUUUGCAGCGAUCCACCAAUCACAUUCGUCCUUAACUCAGUUGCCAAUCAGACUCACUUCUCAGUUGCCAAUCAGACUACCCUGCCAGCUGUCAAUCAAAAUCAGAGAGGAGGAAACCCACCCCUGCACAUGUUCUGCACAUGGAGGGAGACGCGUGUCCGCUGAGAAUUACUUUCGGAACUUUACUCAUGACUGUUUAGCCCAACAAAUAAGAACUGUAUGGGUUUUAAAUUGUACAUUUCCGUGGACCACUCUACUAUAAGCGGUGCGCGUUUGCGAGGUGCAUGCAAUUCUCGGAGGACAUGCGUUUCUCGGCACAACACCGCUAACAACAACAACAACGAUCGCAAAAUGAACAACGAACAAGAGAAAACCACCGAAAAUGAAGAUUUGUUGCCCAAAAGAAAAGGAAAGUCAGUUAUCUGGAAUUACUUCGGUUAAAAGGAGGAUGUCGACCAAAACACGUGUUCUGUGUUAAUCUGUUGCCACAAUAAAGUCCCAGCACAAUAAAAGCUAAAAAUAUCUCUGAGACAGACAGAAGCCGUUCUAACAUUCACAAAAAGAGGUAAGAUCAGUGCAGGGUAACUGUCCUCAAGAUUUCAGCAGUGCAGUAUAACAUUAAAUGCUAUUCAGGUCAUCUGGUGAAAAUUCCUGUAUUUUUAAUAUCGCAAUAUAUAUCGCAGGGUUGAAAAAAAUCGCAAUAUUAUUUUUUUCCAAUAUCGUGCAGCCUUACUAUGAAGACUCAGUGUUUCUUCAUCUGGAGUUGCAGUGUCAUCUUUGACCUCAAUUGACCUGAAGUAUUAAAUCACAACUAAUAAGAUCAAAUGUUCCAGAAACUGAAGAGAGUAUAGGCUGUAUCAAACUAUUUCUUUUUCAGUUUUUUUUUCUGUCCAAGCAAAGACUGAUCCCAACUAGAUGGAGAAUUCAAAACACACAGACUCGUGUCUGCGCUGCACCUGUCAACUGCUGCGAUGACUUUUUAAAAAAAAAAAAAAAAAAAAAAAUAUGUGGAAAAAGACAUUGCUCUUGACUUUCAAAAAUCCUGCUUUAAACUGAGUUCUUCAGUAACUCUUAGAAAGAAAGAAAAAAAACGUUCAUUUCCUCUCUUGGGUAAAUCCGGGGUCUUCGUGUCUUUGUGUUAAAAAUGUGAUGCAGCUCUUGUGUAACUUCCAUAAAGAACCUCAGUCAGAUUUUUUUGAUGAUCUUUUUGUGUGUUUAUUUUAGAUCCGCAAGCAGCAGAAGGAGCACGCCGAGCUUAUCGAGGAGUACAGAGUGAAACAGCAGCAAAACAACAUGACACCAAUAAUGCCAGGGAUGCACCCAGUACCAGGUCCUGCUGGUAUGGUUCCUAGUGGACCACCAAUGGGCCCUCCUAGCGGACCGCCAAUGGGUCAACCUCCUUUGAACCCCAUGAUGCAGAUGCCCAUACAUCCAGGCCAGCCAAACGCACCUCAGUGCAUGCCAAACCCUCCACCUGGUUGGCAUCCCGGUACACCCAUGCCCAUGGCUGGACCAGGACUUCCACCUAUGAUGCCCCAGCAGGUACCAGGCCAGCCUCAUCCAAUGCCCAUGGGUAACAUGCCUCAACACACACAAUUGCCUGUAGAUCCCCAGGCACAAGCAGCUCCUUCAGGUGGUGUAAAACCCAUGCAGGGAGGUGGAGUGAAAUUUGACGACAACAACCCCUUCAGUGAAGGCUUCCAGGAGAGGGAGAGGAGGGAGCGGCUCCGGGAGCAGCAGGAGAGACAGCGGGUGCAGUUGAUGCAGGAAGUUGAGCGACAGAGAGCCCUCAAACACCGCAUGGAAAUGGAGCAGCAAGGGAUGAUGGGCCAAGAUGGGAGCAUGGCACCCCUCGCUCAAAUGCCGUUUUUUAACUCCGAGCUGCCGCAGGAUUUCAUGCAGCCUCAGAGGCCUCCUCAUCCACAACAGCAGCAACUCGGUCCAAUGAUCCCCCAGCAGCAGGGAAUGCAGCCUGGUAUGGGCUCACCACCGGGGGCCUUCAUGCACGGUGGGGAUGCAAGGAGGGCCAUUAUGGGCAACGGGAUGAUGCCCCGCGACAUGGGGCCUGGUUUCGGGCCCGAUAAUCCAGCCAUGCAAGCAUCCAAUUUUCCCCUGGGCCAACCAAGACCCCGUCAGUUUAGCGGACCAGGAGGAGGACUUCAGAUGCCAAUGGAGGGUCCGACAUUUGGAAGUGACUCAGCCACACCUCUACCCUCCAACUUCCCGGGUUCAGGCCAGUCUCUGAUCCAGCUCUACUCCAACAUCAUCCCAGACGAGAAGGGGAAGAAGAAGAGAAGCCGCAAAAAGAAGAAAGAUGAUGACGCUGAUUCAGUCAAGACCCCUUCAACUCCUCAUUCAGACCUCACAGCUCCUCUCACACCCUGCGUCUCAGACACAUCCUCAACUCCAACCAGAAACACCCACCCUUUUGGCGAUCAGGACUUGUCUAGGUCCCCCUUACUGGGAUCUUCCACCCCUAGCCACUCAGAACUGGAGAGGCAGCUUUCUGGAGGUCAGUCUGGACAACAAAGUCACUCCUCAGACUCGGCUCGAGUGCAGGCCCAAGAACAUGACCGGAUCCUCAACAACAUAAAGCUGGAGCAGAUGGAUGCCAGCGAGUGUCACGGGCCCCGAGAAGGAAAUCUCGAAUCAGGGAUGAGCUCUGUGAAGGAGGAGGGUAAUAAAGAGAGCACAUCUCCUUUCGCUGUGGGGCAAAGUCCAAGUAAAGGGGAGGCUGGUAACGAACUGCUGAAGCACCUCCUAAAAAACAAGAGCACGCCCCCGCAUGGACUGACCCAGCAGAGGUCAGAAGAGAGCAUGCGCUCGGAGGAGGAAGAGGCCGCAGACUGCAAAUCCCUGCUGAGGCAAAGCUCCAUGGACAGCAACGGGGUCAGUCUCUUUGUUAGUCAUUCAGUAAGAGUGUGUGGGGGGUGAUCAACAUAGUGAGUCAUAGACAGGCAAAGUGAUUCAGAUAAGAGGUGCGUCACAGUAAAGAUUGGUAUGAGUCAUAGCUGUCAGUUUUUAGAUGAGUCAUAGUUGUGUGUUUGAAAACAUCUCACUCGCAUGUAUAAAGCUGCUCAGAAAUUCUGAAGGUGCUCUGUGCCUUUUAUUUUCAUCAUCUUUCUCUCCUCUCCAGGCGUACUCAGAUGGCAUCCCAGACUUUCCUGGACCUCUGCUACCUGAACAGGAGAAGAAGAGGGGGAGGAACAAGAGAGCGCCAAAAGGAGGGGAGAAACCUCCGUCUCGAUACAAGAAGAGGAAGAAGGAAGGGGAUGAGAGGCACUUGAUGCACUCUGGCCCUGACUCUGUAAUGACCCAAAUCAAACAGGUAAGAUGAAUUCGAAGACCUUGUGAGCUGCUGCUGCUCCUGCUGCUGCAGCUCCUUCUGCUGCACCACUUCAAGACAAAAGAUGAUAGGCGCAUUAUGGCUUGAAUCUGAAUUUUACAGUAUUCAUCAAUGCCUGAAAGAACAGUGUGUUUCUUUUGGGGUACAGACAUUUCUUUUCAUAUCACAAACAUAUCAGGUACUUGUCAGACGGCAAGUAUCAGAGGCUUUUGUUGUUUAGCGGAGUAAGAAGGUUUCGUGAUUCCAUUUUAAUCCCCUUUUUGAAUAAGACUUGUUGAUAAUAAUAAUCAUCUGAUUUUUUUAUAGUGCUUUAUCAGAGACCCUUAUAGAGCUUUACAUUCAAUACAUUAUUCAUUCACUCACUCAGUCACACCCUGGUGGUGGUAAACUACCGGUAGUAGUCACAGCUGCCUUGGGGCAGACUGACGGAAACUUGGCUGCCAGUUGGCGCCUACGGCCUCUCCGACCACUGCCACACAACACUCACAAUUACAAACAGCACAAAUAAUGUACAGAGCCAAAAAUCGUACGUUACCACAGGCAAUCCAAAAACAUUUCAAAGUUCAAAGAUGGGGUUCACGAUUUGAGGGGAAACUUCAAUUUUAUAAUUUAAUUAAGAAUAAUGUUGGCUUUUGUUGUUGUUUUAUUUAGUUUUUUUAAAAGACCACUGAAUUACGGCGUGUAAACUGUUUUCAUUUGUAUAAAAAUAUAUAUUUAUUUAUAUAUGGAAGCGCUUUCACAGAAUAGCAGAUGGAGAAGGGGUGGGACUUGAUAAGUUUUAUUUCCUUUUCAAAUAUGUUGUAUGUUCCUUUUUUUCCCCCUUAUUAUUAUCAUUCUGUAUUUUUUUCCCUUAAUUUUCUCUUUUGAACAUUCAAAAUGAAUAAACUUCAUUCAUUCAUUCACAAUCGUACACCAGUGGAGGACACACACUGGGAGCAAGGAGGGUUAAGUGUCUGGCCCAAGGACACAACAGACAGACUCUGGAUAGGGGGGAAUUGAACCGCCAACCGUCCAGUUAUUGGACGGCUGCCCUACCCCCUGAGCUACUGCCUCCCCUAUUGAUUUAUUGAUUUAAACUUGAUGAAGCCGUCUUAGGCAUUAACAUUAACAGAAAAUAAACACGUACUGCAGUAUGCUGGUUCCUCAUGAGUACAAUAUGAAUUUGAGUUGGCCACUGCUCCUCUUUACCUGCUUUGUACUAUCCACUGGUUACAAAUGGAGUAUUCUCCCACUUUGAACUCAAAACUCAAGACCAAUUUUUUUAUGGGAUACAAAAUGUUUCAUGUUCAUGUUUAAUUUCAACUAGUGCUGGGCGAUUGGACGAUAUAUAUCGUUGGCACGAUAGAAAAUGUCUAUCGUGCCAUUUUUAUUCUUAUCGUUUCGGGCGAUAGGUUGUAUUUAAUCCAUAGAGCUUGUGCCAUCAGAUGAUUCAUAGUAACAACAACAUUAAUUGCACAUUCAGUAAGUGUAUUUGGUGUCGAACGGGAAAGAAAACAAUAUUUUCUUACAAAGAAAAGGAUGCGUUGACAUGUAGGCUUGCAUUUCUCUUUCGAUUUUGCGACAUGACGCCGCUUUACGUGCCCUCUUUAUGUCCAGCGUCUCCCGCCGUUGCGGGUUACCUGGGUUACACACGUGAGGGGAUCAUUGUAAGCAGUGCUUAAUUUGUGCCGGAGCAAGUCGGAGCGCGAUCCGGGACCUCUUUUGAUCGGAUCUGGGACCUAUUUCAGCCGCUCCGGCACCUGUUUCAUCUGCUCCGGGACCUUCCCUGUGGAGGAUGGCUUUUUUCGGGAAUUCCCGUGGGUCACGUGAUUCCCGCGGGAUGGGAGUCAUUUUUUUAUUAAUCUCUUGAUCGGGACGGGACGGGAAAAAAAGCAACGGGAGUGGGCAGGAGCGGGAACAACAUUAAAAGAUGAUCUUUUUCAGCCGUGUUUAACAACCAGAUGAACAGGUGCGCCCAUUUUUGUAGUCAUCUCUCAGUGAGAGUAAACACUCUUGACCGCGCUAGCAACACAAAAGAACUACAACAGCGGUUUGACUUCCUGUCAGCUGGGAGCGCGGCUGCGCAUUUGUACCCUUCGAGCCAGGAGCGGGAAAACGUAAUUUUGUGACAUUCUGUAGUUUUUCAAUCAUUUCUGGAGUCGUGGCCAAUCAAAUCACCUUACCUGUCUGCCCCUGAUAGGCGAAUAAAGCGCUCGGAUUCAUGCUCGGGUCUUGCUAUGUGCUUCAAGAGUAAAGUAAACAAUGAUGGAGGCAGAGAGCAGCUUUGGAGGAGAAACAUCUAGCAGUGUGAACAACCUCGUCAAAAGAGCCCUAAAGACCUACCUUUUUAAUAAAGCCUUUGGUUAGUUUUCCUCUAUGCUUUAUGCUUUUACUACCUUGCCUCUUACAUUGCAACUCUAUAUUUUUUAUUUUUUUUAAAUUCUUUUUUAUGCUAAUCUGUGACUGUCAUUCUAUUGCUUUUUUUUAUUGUUGCUGCUCUUUUUUUACUGUGUACUGUAGCACUUUGAGAUUUUUUUGUAAAUGUAAAGUGCAUUACAAAUUAAAUUCAUUAUUGUUAUUAUUAUUAUUAUGGAGUGCUUCGGCUCACACUAUCAGCGUUUUCUGUAAGUGUUACAUAACUUUGGGUGAGCACAGACAUGAACGCACUUCAGCCACGUAUUUAUUUAUUCAUUUUUCUAGUUUUAAGUGCUGGUCUUGUACUGGUACUGUACUAGUGCAGCUGUAUACACUUAAAUUUUUCAUAGAACUGAAAGCAUACCAUAGCUAUAUCGUGAUAUAUAUCGUUAUCGUGAUAUAAAAUGAUCCAUAUCGUGAUAUACAUUUUUUUCCAUAUCGCCCAGCACUAAUUUCAACAGGAGGUAAAAGACUUUCAGAAGAUGAAGUCUAGUGUUUGCAUUUUGCUUCUUAUGGUGGGUGGUGUUUGGAUGAAGGGUUUCAGUGAUAUGCUGCACUCAUUUUUGUCUGUAUUAUACAAGCCUCAGCUGCUCUUCUUGGGAAUUCCUCUUUGAUUGCCACCCACCCACUCAUUUUCCUUUCUGUUUUUUAAUCUUCUAAUAAAUAUGAACCUCUUAAAUGACGAUGGAAAACAAUCAAAAAGAACUGAGAGACAUGAAAAAUGUUUUAAAGUCAUUAUUCUGUUGAGGAUUCAUGUAUUUUGUUGAAAAUCCACUGCAGUGCCAGACUGUUUUCUCUCCUAACCCUUUCCCUGAUUCGUUUUUUUUCUUUCUCUCUCCUGCUGCAGCAGCUCACCCUGCUGCCCCUCAUGGAGCCUCUGAUUGGAGUCAACUUUGCCCAUUUUGCCCCUUACGGCAGCGGCCAGCUCAACGGAGAAAACCUCCUGUCUGGUACCUUUGGCAGCGCCUCUCUGGAUGGAGUCUCUGAUUAUUACUCCCAACUGGCCUACAAGGUAAAAACCUCCUACUUUCAUGGAUGAGACAGUCUGGUCUGUCUGGUUUAUACGAUGUACUGACACUACAACGAUUUUCACUCCUACAGCAGAGUAACCUGAGCAAUCCUCCGACACCACCGGCAUCUCUUCCUCCCACCCCGCCACCUGUGAACCGACAGAAAAUGAUCAACGGAUUCGCCACAACAGAAGAGCUGGCAAGCAAAGCUGCUGCCAUGGGUAGGCAUAUUAAAGAUGCUUCAUAAUACCGCUUUGUGACCACAGUUGUGGACCUCAGCUGGUCCAAAUCUAAACCUCUGUUAAAAGACUGAGAAUAUUAUCAGGUCAUCUUUUAUCAUAUUUGGUUUGACUUUCUGCUCUUGUUUCAUUCAGUGUCCAAAGGUCUGGUCCCCAAGCCGCUACAUGUCCCAUUUAGGAGUGAAGAAGAUCUUCUAGCCCGGGCCAUCGCACAGGGACCAAAAACUGUGGAUGUUCCAGCUUCUCUCCCCACCCCUCCUCACAACAAUCAGGAGGAGCUCAGGUAUCACAUACAUGACAGGAACUAUUCGUAACUGUCCUUUAAGAGGCUACUCGAACAUCAGCAUCUAUCAUAACCGUUAGUGUGUGUCGAUUUCUCAUGUGAUCGUGUUUUUGGAAACCCACUUCAGCAGCAAGUUCUCAACAGAGGUCUCUUUCUUCCUUUCUAUUUAACAGCAACAGAGGACAGGAGCCUUGCAAGGACCGGGACACACCAGAUAGCUUUGUUCCAUCCUCAUCUCCAGAGAGUGUGGUCGGCAUGGAGAUCAGCCGCUACCCUGAUUUAUCUCUGGUAAAGGAGGAGCCCAUGUCCCCUUGCCUGUCUCCUGUCCUACCUAUGAUCCCUGCUCCUGAUGGGAAAGGUAAACGCUCACAGUCAAAUCAUGUCAUCCUGUGACUACAAGUUGUUCUAGAGUUUGCAGUUAUUCAUGAAUUCCUGUCUUUGAAUCUUUACAGGGACGGAGAUCAAACUUCAGGACAUUAAAACCGAGCCUUCAGGGAUGUUCUUUGGUGCUCCUUUUGGCCCCGUGUCGAAUGACUCCAAACAGGGGCUUGUUUCUGUAGCUAUCACACUAAGACCAGCUGCAGCAGAGGUAAGCAUUCUUCAAAUUUACUGCAGUUUGAUAUAAAUAUAGCACAGAUUUGAUGCUUACUAAGGUUGUUUUUUGAAACUUAAAUGCUUAUAAUGAUCUCUUUUUUUUUCUUUUACAACUCAAAAACAUCUGGGUAUCAAUGUGCUGGUGCUAUACUAAUUACAGGAGAUUCAACCUAGCUCAUUUCGUCUUUGUUUUGUUUUGUUCUUGUCAUUUUUAGAACAUCACCGGUGUGGUAGCGGCCAUUUCAGACCUCCUCUGUGUGAAGAUCCCCAGCAGCUACGAGGUCAGCAGCACACCAGACAGGGGGCCCCUAUCCAUACUCGGCGGGCAAAGAAUGGGCCCCCACGGCAUGGAGCCCCGACCUCUAAUGCUCUUCCACGGACAAGGAGACAACGGAGGGCUUCACGGUCGGCCGGGACAGAUGAUGAGGCCCGGCGGACCGCAGGAGAUGAUGCAACAGCAGCAGCAGGCGCAUCAUUUCCGUUUCCAUCCCAACAGCCCUGGUAGGGACAUCAAACUGAAUUACACUAGAUCAACUCAGAUUGAGAUGUCAUGUUUAAUCAAGCCAACAAAAUGACAGACUGAAAGACAGAAACAACUUCAUUUUUAAGCCCUAAACAUUUAUUUAUCAACUUUGAACCCUUGUCUUAUUUUACGUGUUUUUUCUUUCUUCACUCAGGUGCAGCUCUGGCGCGAGGACAUGACCAGAAAACCUCUGGAAGCCCUGGAUGUAAACCUCAGUGGUGCUGUCACUGCAAGGUGGUGGUUCUGGGUAAUGGAGUGCAGAAAUCCAUCAAAGAUCUCCCUGCCCACAUGAAGGUACGUAAGACGUAAAUAUCCUGACUGCAACAGGAAGGUGUAAAGUGUGAGCAUGUUUUGGCUGUAGCAGUGUUCAACAGGAAGAUACUAGUUUAUAAAGAGUGCUUUGCCACACCAGAAUGUAUUUAGUGUAUGGCUAAUACACUUUUAUAUUAACUUACUUGCCGCUACCACAAUUUUACUGCAUGUAUUCCUAAUUUUUUGAAUCGUGUCUGUUGGUGUUAAAUACUUCUCAGAUCAAUUAGUGGGUUAAGCAGCACACCCCCUGGCUUCAGUUCUGAGAGUAUUUAGCUGAUUUAAAUAUUCUAUGUUUUUGAUGUUUAUUUAAUAACUUCUUUAAUAUCAGUAAAGCUUAAGCAGUUCAUGUUGGUCAGGAUUUAAUUUUAAGUCCUCAUUCCUUAUUCAGCCUGUUCAAGCUACUGAUUUGUCUCAUUAGGAAUCUGAGGGCCGUUUGAAAUCAGAGGGAGACCUGGUCUUCUGCAGUCACAGCUGCUUCCUGCUCUACUGCUCGUCAGCACCUCUGCAGUCCAGAUCCAGCGCAGAGACGAAGGUUUGAACCACUGCAACACAAGUAGAAACACCACAGUGGGACUGCAAAGUGUUAAUAACAUGCUGUCAGUGUGUUCUGCUUUCCGCUGGACCUCACUGCUCGUAUGUCUUCUUUUCAGGAAUCAAUGUCGACUCUCCCAACAUCUCUGCAGACAGAGAGUCUGUCUAAAACUCUGCACCAGUAUAGUAACAACAUGUCAUCGCUGGAUGUCCACUGCCUCGCCCAGAUGCAGCCCAAACUGUCUCCCCCCUCCACUCCUCCCAUCCCCUUCCCCACAGCAGGUGAGACUUCUAAGACGGAGACAAAAUCUGAUACGAUCAAAGUGACAGUGAAGCUGAAGGCCCGUCCGAGGUCGCAUGACGGCUGGCAUCAGGGGAAGAGACAGAAAGGACUCCGCUGGAGAAAGUGGACUGUCCAGGUGGUGGUGCCGAGGGGAAAUUCCCAGCUGCCAGACGAGGACAAGAUUGACGACCUCUUGAAGAAACUCGGGGCCUCCCUGCGACCUCCCUCUUUACUCCGGGACCAAAGGAGGUGCUGUUUCUGCCACCAGUUUGGAGAUGGGCUCACAGAUGGCCCUGCUAGGCUUCUCAACCUAGAUCUUGAUGUUUGGGUUCACCUAAACUGUGCGCUGUGGUCGACUGAGGUGUAUGAGACGCAGGCCGGCGCCCUCAUCAACGUGGAGCUCGCGCUGCGGCGUGGUCAAACAGUUCGCUGCGCCUUCUGCCAGCAGACUGGAGCCACCAGCGGCUGCCAUCGCCUACGCUGCACCAACGUCUACCAUUUCACCUGCGCUCUGCAAGCUCACUGCACCUUCUUUAAAGAUAAGACCAUGCUGUGCCACGCCCACAGACCCCGGGGGACCGCCGGACAAGCUCUGGAGCAUGAGCUGCGCUGCUUCGCCGUCUUUAGACGCGUCUACGUCCAAAGAGACGAGGUGCGUCAGAUUGCGACGGCUGUGCGGCAGCCAGAGUUGGGCUACACCUUUCGAGUGGGCAGCCUGGUGUCUCAUGCGAUGGGCCAGCUCACCCCUCAGCAGAUGGCCGCCUUUCAUUCUCCAACAGCCAUCUACCCAGUUGGCUAUGAGGCCUGUCGCAUCUACUGGAGCAUGCGCCAUGGCAACCGCCGCUGCCGCUACGUUUGCUCUGUGGAGGACAGAGACGGUUUCCCAGAGUUUUCCAUCAGAGUUAUUGAACAAGGCUACCAAGACAUAGUCCUGACUGAUGCCUCUGCCAAAGGUUCGUGCUCGUGGAUCUGUACAGAAAUUCUGCUGCCUUUCAGAGUUAAUUUCUAACCCUCACAUGUGUUUGUUGUUUCAGGAGUUUGGGAUAAGGUUCUGGGUCCUGUCUCUGAGAAGAGAAGCGAAUCAGGAACUCUGAAGCUUUUCCCUGUGUACCUGAAAGGAGAGGACCUGUUUGGGCUUACAGUUCCUGCAGUCGCCAAGAUAACUGAAUCGGUUUGUACCAUGCAAUGUUUUUGCACAAUUUGAGGAAUGUCACUUGAAUCAUGUUCUGUAAAAGUUGCACAAAGUAUAACCCUGUAUUUUAACUUCAUUUUCCAGCUCCCGGGAGUCGAGGCUUGCAAACGUUACUCCUUCCGUUACGGACGAAACCCCCUUGUGGAGCUGCCCCUUAUUUUCAAUCCAUCAGGCUGUGCCCGUGCUCAGCCCAAAACCACCUCUCCCUUCACCUCUCUGGUGAUAAGGUAAGUUUUAAUAUAUGGCUGACUUUUUGGCUGUGUGUUAUCCAAAAACAGACAUUUUAAUAUAAUAUUUUAUGUUCUUACUUCUUUCUCUUUCCAUAUAAAGGCCACUGCCACAGGCUGUAUCCAGCAGCAGCGCCAGGUCCAACCAGAAUGUGGCCCAAGGAGAGGGUGGCGCCCCCCACAGCAAGCCUCCAGUUGUGCACCCCAGGUCUUCACAGUACCGCUGGAUGAAGAGUGAGUGGAGGGCCAAUGUUUAUUUGGGCCGCUCCCGCAUCCAGGUCAGUGUUGAACGACUCGUUAGAUUUUGUUCAGAUUGAUUGAUUGUUUCGUUGAUUGAUUGAUUGAGCCAUCAGAGUAGACAGGAUGAAAACCUGCUGGUAUGAUGUCUUCACAGGGUUUGGGUCUGUUUGCUGCCAGAGACAUGGAAAAACAGACUAUGGUGAUUGAAUACAUUGGAACCAUUCUCCGAAAUGAGGUUGCCACCAGCAAGGAGAACAUGUAUAAAGCUCAGGUACACAUUCUUUUUCACCUUUUGUCCAAUUUUCAUUUUUAAUUUUGUUCAUAAAUUAAAUUUAUUUAUAGGCUGAGACAAACAUCAAGUUUUAUUCUCCUCUCUCCUGAACAGAACCGUGCCGUUUUCAUGUUUCGCAUUGACAGUGAACAUGUUGUUGAUGCCACCCGCAGCGGAGGGCUAGCAAGGUAGGUUGGAUGUGUUAAUUUCUACAAAUGUGUAAUCACUGAAUAGGAACAAACAAUACGAUACAGUAGUUUUCAACACUGUGUCCUACUUCAGUGUUUGAUGUAGGGAUGGAAAUUUAAAGGCUGUGUAUUUGAAUGGCAUGUCUAAUAUUAACCAUUCACUUCAGUUAACUUGACCAAAGCUGCUUUAUUGUUUGGGAUGGAAUAUCUACUAACUUGUGAAAGUCUUAUUUCUGUGAUUAUUUUUUCUCAGAUAUAUCAACCACUCUUGUUCUCCAAACUGUGUUGCUGAGGUGGUCACAUUUGAGCGGGGUUACAAAAUCAUCAUCAGCUGCAUUCGCAGAAUUGAAAAAGGAGAGGAGGUGAGUGGUUUUCCUUUUUACAACCCCUAAAUGUAAAAAACAAACCCAGUUUUAUGAUUUGAAUAAUGUUGAAUAAUAUCUGCACCUUUUGCAGCUUGAGCAAACAAUUUUCCAUACAGAAUAUCAUUUCUAAAUUUUAAUAUUUGUUAUCUUUUCUAUUUUUUGUGUGUAAGAUCUCAUUGUUCACAAAUCAUUACAACCUGUUAUUUUUUACAUUUUCUCAGCAUCCUACAUUUUUUAGGGAAAGUGUUUUCAUUCAUACAGUGGCUUUACCGUAACAUGUCCAAAGAGCUUCUGUGAAGCUCAGACUCUUAAUGUUUUCCUCCCUGUUUUCCAGCUUUGUUUUGACUACCAGUUUGACAGUGUGGCGGGACAACACAAGAUCGCUUGCCACUGUGGAGCUCCUGAAUGCAGAAAGUGGAUCAACUGAAGAAAACAAAAGCGACAAAUCUAAAUGCAUUUCUUGCUACAGUGAGAGUGAAUGCUGUAAUCUCUGCACUGGGAGGAAAAAAAAGGCUUCACACUAAAGUCAUUUCAUGAAUGAACAGCAGGCCUGAACCAUUGGAGGAGAUGAAUGAAUUUACAUCUUGAUGAAUUGAGAUCAUGGAGAAGAAAAAAGGGUGGAGGAAGGGAAAUAAAACACGGUAGCAGGAUGUGACUUGUGCCAUAUUAUGUGAAGCUCUGUAGGAUGAGAUGCCUCAGUCUGUCUGUAUGUGUCUGUGUGUUUGGUCUACAUAGGGGUGAGGAAUCCACCAGCGAAUGAGAGAGAGCACUGUGCAGGGUGCGGCCUUAUUGCUUACUAAGGGCAGGCCCUUUUGUUUCAUACUGUUAAUGUAUACCAUAUGACUAAAUGUAGACAUCACUGAAUGAGGAAUGUACAGCAACGAAUACUGCGAAGGGAAUUUUAACUUGCACUAAAAAAAAGAGAAAACAAACAAAAAAAAAACAUACACACAAAAACUUUUAAAAUACUUGAUUCCAUGAGUCAGUUUUAUCAUAGGUCUCUGUCAUGUGAUUUGUGUGGACUUUGAGAGGUUUUGUAUUUAUUACUGAAUGAAUGAACUUUAUUCUCAACAUGAUGAGAUUGAGUUGAAGAAGGCUAGAUUAUUGUUUUUGAAGAAUGAGGAAGACAUGCUGUUACUUUUGUAUAAAUGUACAUAAAGAAACUAUAGGAAUAACUGACCAAAUACUACCUUAACCUUCUUGAUGUUUGGGUGUUUUUUAAUUGUUUUUGUUCUGUUUGUCAUUGAAAUUUAUUUAAGAUGGACGUUAUUUCAGUUUGAGAGUAUAUAUUAUGAUUAUUCUGUACAGAAUUUGUAAUAUAACCACAAUAAUUCACAAAGUAUUUUUGUUGUAUUAAAAGUAAGGUAUUGUAGCGUAGUGUUUUGUGACUUACACAUACUUUGACCACUCAAAAAAGAAAUAUUUUUGUUGACUAACGUAACGAGUUAUUGGUUACAGAAUCAAAUAACAAAAAAAAAAGACUCUUUCAAUAGUAAGAGAACAGUGUGAUCUGUUUGCUGUAAUCAGGUUUGAUUUUAAAGAACUGUGAAUUAGGUUUUGAAACCCAAAAACAACUUUUUAACUUUUUAACACAAAUAGGAACACCGACAUGUAUUUACUUGUAUUUGUUUUUACAUUGCUUUUAAAAGAAAAAGGUGCAAACGUCUAAUGAAACUAUCGAGUUAGACAAACCAGUGUGUGACAGAAAGAAUCGUAUGUCAAACUCUUAUCUGAACUGUAGGUUGUUCUGCUUUUAAGGACAGAAAUGGCAUUCUUCUUAAUCAGAAAUAUUUCUUAUACUGAUACUUCACAAGUCACAUGCUUAGAAACGGAAGAGUUUUUGCGUGCACAAUUUCAAGUCGACUGUAAAAUUUUGGAGACAGUCUUAGAACUUGUAAUGUAUAUGGCAUGUAUUUUUUUAACUUUCCGAAGACUCAAUUGUAUAUAUUUUUCUCAAUGAAUGGUUGUAACAAAAUUGUUUCUUGGAUAUUUUUCUUCUCCUGUAUAUUACAUCAUCCUGCCAGUGUGUUUGUGCUACAUUUUCUUGAUUGUGUAGUCAGAUUAUUUUUUUCUUUUUGUUUUGUUUUUUUUUUUCUUUCUUUUUUUUUCUUUUCUUUUUCUUUUUUUUUUUUUGAAAAUGCCUUUUGAAGUGUACAGAGUAUGAGGUUUGGAGUUUGUGGAAUUGAAUUUAGAAACAUUUACAAAAAUAAACUAUUUUACAUGUUAA